GAGAGCUGGAGAGACUGGCUGUCACUGAGAGAGCUGGACAGAGCUUGGCUGUCACUGAGAGAGCUGGAGAGGCUGGCUGUCACUGAGAGAGCUGGAGAGGCUGGCUGUCACUGAGAGAGCUGGACAGAGCUUGGCUGUCACUGAGAGAGCUGGAGAGGCUGGCUGUCAGUGAGAGAGCUGGAGAGACUGGCUGUCACUGAGAGAGCUGGACAGAGCUUGGCUGUCACUGAGAGAGCUGGAGAGGCUGGCUGUCACUGAGAGAGCUGGACAGAGCUUGGCUGUCACCGAGAGAGCUGGAGAGGCUGGCUGUCAGUGAGAGAGCUGGACAGAGCUUGGCUGUCACUGAGAGAACUGGAGAGACUGGCUGUCACUGAGAGAGCUGAACAGAGCUUGGCUGUCACUGAGAGAGCUGGAGAGACUGGCUGUCACUGAGAGAGCUGGACAGAGCUUGGCUUUCACUGAGAGAGCUGGAGAGGCUGGCUGUCAGUGAGAGAGCUGGAGAGACUGGCUUUCACUGAGAGAGCUGGAGAGGCUGGCUCUCAGUGAGAGAGCUGGAGAGGCUGGCUGUCAGUGAGAGAGCUGCAUAGAUCCUGGCUGUCAGUGAGAGAGCUGGAGAGGCUGGCUGUCAGUGAGAGAGCUGCAUAGAUCCUGGCUGUCAGUGAGAGAGCUGGAGAUAAGCUGCCUUCCAGGGCUGAGUUGCAGCAUCCCCCCACCUGGGCACAGCAUGCUACAGUGGCACACAGGGCAGUGGAUAUAAGGACAUAAGGCUUGCAGGACUGCCAGGUAAGAACCUCCUUCCUAUACUGCUUGCUGUGACACUACCUUUCUGUGGCUGGUUACCAUGAUCUUUAAAUGGGUGCAUGGGCUGUGGGUGGUAAUCCAGGGUACCAGUUCAAUGCCAGGGUACAGCUGGGUGAACAAGUGCAUCUCUACUGACUGCUAUUAAAGUGGAGUUUAGUAUCAGAGAAAGCAAGUUUCCUGUUAGGUUUCUGCUUGCCUUGUGUUUGUCUGAUUACCAAAUAAUUAUAGAAGAGCUGCUACAGCGAUGUCCGCUUAAGCAAGGUAUUGCCUUCGGUAAGGGAGAUGAACAGUCUAAUAGUUCUGCAGGAAGCCAAGUUCUUGCCACUUCCAAACCAUUUUCAGACAAGGUCUUGCCUCCUCAGUUCCCUGAUAUAUAAAGUGCUGCCUCCUCGGAUAAAGUAUUACCCCAUAAAGUGUCUGAUAUAAAUAAGGUGUUUCCCCAGAAGAUCUUGAGGUUAGACAAUGUCUUACUCACAAAGAAACCUGAGUUAUACAGAAUGUUGUACCAACUGAAUUACCUGAGCCAAAUCAUCCACAGAAACAUAGGAUGGAUAUAGUAAUUCCCUUCACAGAUAUCUGUAUUAGACAGGAUGGUACAGGACAGCUGUUUUGGUUACACAUGAUGAUACCUCACAGAUACCUGGGUUACACAGGGUGAUACCUCACAGAUAUCUGGGUUACACAGGAUGGUACCUUACAGAUACCUGGGUUACACAGGGUGGUACCUCACAGGUACCUGGGUUACACAGGGUGAUACCGCACAGAUACUUGAGUUAAACAGGAUGGUACCUCACAGAUACCUGGGUUACACAGGAUGGUACCUUACAGAUACCUUGGUUACACAGGAUGGUACCUCACAGAUACCUGGGUUACACAGGAUGGUACCUUACAGAUACCUGGGUUACACAGGGUGGUACCUCACAGAUACCUGGGUUACACAGGGUGAUACCUUACAGAUACCUGAGUUAAACAGGAUGGUACCUCACAGAUACCUGGGUUACACAGGAUGGUACCUUACAGAUACCUGGGUUACAUAGGAUGGUAACUUACAGAUACCCGAGUUACACAGGAUGGUAACUCACAGAUACCUGGGUUACACAGGAUGGUACCUCACAGAUACCUGGGUUACACAGGAUGAUACCCUGGGCGCUCAGAUAACAAAGUUACACGACUGUGCUCCCAUAGAUGUUUCGUAAGUGACACUAUAUAUUUCUUCCUCAAAUACCCAAGUAAGACAGUAUGUUGUCUCCAACGAUACCUGAGUUAGACUUAGUGGUAUCCUCACAUUUUCUUGAUAUAUAAUACCUCCUCAAAUGCCUUGGUUAGACAAUGUGUUGCCUUCUCAGAUGUCUGCAUUACAGGGUGGUGAACCCACAAAGGCUGGGAUUAAAAAAAUCUGAUACUUAGACUAUGUAUUGCCUUCUCGAGUGCCCAUAGAGAAAAUAUGUUGGCACUUUUGAAAUCUGUAAGUAUAAAAGGCUAUUUUUACAGUAUCCCCAAUGAUUUUGAGAGUAGAUAAGGAGUGUCUUGUUCAAGGAAAUGCUCAUUUAUUAUUAGCCAAUGCAUAUGUCCAUAUAUAUUAUGCUAGUUGGUUGGUUUUUUUUGGAUGUUGGAUACAAUAUAAUCCUUCACUGUAUAUGUUUAUGAAGCAUCCUGUUAUUAUUAUUAAUAAUUAGCAUUUAUAUAACGCCUUUAUAUAACUUAGUAAACAGCAUGUUGCAAUUAUUGCUUUAGUUGGCAAUCUGUUCUAACAGCUAAACUGAAAUAAUGAUUACAAAUUCAGUUUUACAAUCUUACAGAACAAUCACCAUUUGUGCUCGGUAUGUGGCCUGGAGUGGGCUAUUUUUGACCACUGACUAAAAAAUCAACUUAGAAGAGCCAGUGCCUCUAUCAUAUGCCUGGUCAUACUUCAUUUCCAGGGUAUAUAAGAUGCAACCAUGCCCCACAGUACCUGGGUUAAAUAAUUAAAUGGUCUCCUAUUACACCUGUUAAAUAAUUCAAUUGUCUCCUCUGAUCUUUUCUAAGUGUUUUAGAAGUUCCAUGGGUACCUAAUACAGAGUUGUACUCUAAGAAAGCACAUUUUCUCCACCUGUUGCUUCAUAUUCAGUGACACACUUAUUAUUCUUUGGUCAUUUACUAAAAUAACCAACUGCUCUUCUGUGAUUCCUGGGUAGCUUGUUUCUUGGGUAAUUGCCUAGGCAAAACCUACCAUACUGGUAGACCUCCACUGGUGAUUCUUGUGUGUCCAUGGUGGUAGCCUAUUCACGUAUCUUGGAUAGGGGAUACAGGACUCCAUUCUGCUUUUGGUUAGAGCUCAAUGCUAGUUACUGCCUAACCAAGAUGCAGAACAGAGAACCAGAUUACCUGGCCUCCUUAUUUUGACUGUUUUAAGAAAAUGCUAAACUUUUUUUAAUAUAACUGGUUUGGGCAAUAGUCCCUGGGGUAGAUUAUGGCUAAUUUUCAACGUGAUCCCAAGAUAAAUCAGACAUGGCUUUAUUCUAAUUCCUGUGUAGAUAAAGCCUUGCGGUAGAUAACUCAGUUUUCACAGAGCCAAGGUAAAGUAAGAUUCUGCCUUCAUGUGCUGCAGAUAAGUCACCAAAUAAGACAUUGUUCAUUCUCAAUCACCCUACAAGCAAGGUCACACCCUCUGUUAACCAGGAGUGAAUAAGGAUUGGUCUCUACUGUAACUAUGUAGAUAAGACAUUGAGUCAAUCCUAUUCUUUGUGUGGUGGGAAAAUAAAAAAACAGACCAGUGCCAGUCUCCGAUAUCCAAAAGGUUGUUCUUUUGUUAUGCAACAUAAAUACAUUACAUAUUUUGCCUUUUUGGAUGAAAUGUCUAUAUAUAAACAUCAGCAGUUUGCUGCUUUGACAGAUAGACCCGCAGUUUUUUUUUUACUGAAUGUUAAAAUUUCUUUUGGUAUGUAUAGCUUACUAACCAUCCAUUUUUAAUACACAACCAUGUUUAAUAUAAAUUACAAUUCAUAUUCUCUAUUUCACAUUUAUGUGAAUUCUCACUUGAACGACCAUAUGUAUUUUUUUUUCUUUUUGAAAUUUAUAUUUUAUUGUUUUAUACAAGAUGGUUUGGGGUACAGAAGAGAAGGAAGGAGGGUUAGUUAAACAUGUGUCACUUUCGUCGUAACAUUAAUGGUUAUUUAACAGCAUAAUGCAGAUACGUGUUGAACAUUUGUUUCAUCAUUACCUAAACAAUAAACUACCAAUAGCGAGAUAAAGCAUUAGUUGUCUUAUUGCUCCUCUUGUCUUCUCGAGAGUGUAGAAGUUAGGUACCUGUUUUGGGGGUUCAAGAACCUGGAAGGGGGGCCAAAAAAGGAAAGGAGGGUACUAUAAGGGAGUUGGGAGGAAUAGGGGGGAGGGAUAGGUGCAUGAGUAAUAUCUGUGGUUGUUUGGUUGGUAUCUUAACCUAAGGUCAUUGUUAUGGUGGGGGAGAAGGGGUAAUUCAAGGUAUGCUCAUAUUCAGUGCUUUUGGCAAGGUUUGCCAGUGGUUGUGCCCUUUCUUUUAUCCCUCCAAACUCCUUCUCCCAUUUUCGCCAGGUGCUAUCAAAUUCUUGCAUUUUUUCCGAGGAUGUAAUUGCCAUUCUUUCAUAUGUGCGAAAUUGCUCUACUUUAUCUUUCAACUGGGGCAAGGAAGGGCAGUCUUGGGAUUUCCAAUUAAGUGCUAGGAGAUUUCUUGAUGCUAGUAAGACUAGCGCCAUGAUUUGCCUUUGACCUGGGUUUAUUCCUGCCGGGAGCAGUAGCAGUAGGCAGGUGGAUGCUGUCAGUUCCAAUUUUGGGAUAUCUAGUGUAUCCAAGAUUGACCGUGCUGUGGUCCAGAGAGGUUGAAUGUCUCUGCAGGACCACCACAGAUUGUGUAGUGUGCCCGAGGCUGAAUUACAUCUCCAGCACGUUGGGUUAGUCGUGGGGAAUAACUGGUGGAGUCUUUGUGGGGUCAUGUACCAACGAUACAUGAGUUUCCUAUGGGCUUCUAUGUGUGAGAAGCACUUAGUCCAUUUGGACAACCAGUUUAAUGCAUGGAGCCACUCUGUGUCUGACAGUAUUACACCACAGUCGUUUUCCCAUUGAGCUUUGUGCAAAUGUGGUUUUGUCGGUGUGAGUUCAUGACAGAUUUUAUAACACAAUGUGAGUAUUUUAGGUUUGUUAGGUGAGGACCAACAUCUAUCAAUGAGCAGAUGCGGGGUAACCUGUGGUGGGCCUUUUGAGUUGUGCGAGGGUAUUGCAUGUGCUUGCAGUACACUUUUCACCUGCAGGUAUGAAAAGGUGGCUCGACUCGGAAGUUGCCACUGUGACUUUAGUAGUGGGAAGGGUGUUACUUUCCCCUCAGUUAUCAGUUGGAAUAUGUUUGUGAUUCCUGCCUUGUGCCAGUCUUGGAGUGGGAGAUCUGGUACUACUGCUCUGAGAGUCGAGAUGGGCGAUUUAGGGUGGAAGGAGUUAUUGUAACCUAUUGCUCCCAUGAAUUCGUCCCACACUGCUAUUGUAAGUUGGGUGGUUGGGAGGAGAUCUUGUCGCCUCGGUCUUAAUUGCUUGGGCGUCCAUAGAUACUUAAGUAGGGAUUGAUUACGGAAUUGUGCCCUUUCCAUGUCCACCCAUUGAGUUGUGUUAGGUGGAGCAUGUAGAAGAAAGAGGACAGAAUGGCUGCCCUGUAGUACUGUCUGAUAUUUGGGAGGCCGACACCACCAGAGCGGGUGGCCGUCUGUAGGAGUGCCAUAGACACUCUAGAUUUCUUGCCCCCCCAGAUAAAUGCACUACACAAUUUUUGUAAUGUUUUGCAGUAUUGGUUGGGAACUCUGAGGGGAAGCAUCCUAAAGACGUAAAGGAUACGGGGCAGGAUCAUCAUCUUAUAGGCGUUAAUUUUCCCUAACCAGGAGAUCAUUGUAUGUUUGCAUUUGUUCAUUUCUGUUUUGCAGAGCGUCAGCAGUGGUGUAUAAUUUAGUGUUAGAGUGGCUGAAGUAGAAGGAGCAACCUUUAUCCCAAAAUAUGUGAUGGAGGUAGUUCUCCAGUCAAAUUUGUAUGUGGUACAGACGGAGUCUGUAAGUUGAUGGGUAAGGCCUGGGUUUUGUCUUGAUUUAGUUUAUAAUAUGAGACUCUUCUGAAUUGUUGUAUGAGGUUUAGCAUAUGGGGUAGGGAGUUGGUAGGGUCCGUCAGUGCUACGAAGAUGUCAUCAGAGAAUAGGGCUAGGCUGUACAUCUUGCCUUGUAUAGGAAUCCCUUGUAUGUCAGGGUGUAGUCUGAUUUUACAAGCUAGGGGUUCCAGGGCCAGUAUAUACAGAAGAGGGGAUAGGGGGCAACCUUGGCGGGUGCCGUUUGUGAUGGAGAAGGGGUUUGACAGGAAGCCUCCAUGGGAGACUCUGGCCGCUGGAUUGUGGUAUAACGCCAUGAUACUUUUUAUGGUAGACACAGGGAAGUUAAAUUUGUGUAGAGUCUUGGCCAUAUACGCCCAGUUUAAGCGGUCGAAGGCCUUCUCCGCGUCAAGUGCGAGGAAGAGGCCCUUCGAACCGCCGGUUUCAAGUGUUGACAACAUGUUCAGAAUUUUCCUGGUGUUGUCAGAGCCUUGACGGCCUUUUAUGAACCUGUCAGAAUAUUUAUAUCAACAGACAUUUUGUGCUAAAAAGAAAUUAAAGGUGUAUAUUGCCCAAGUCACUCAAAACAAAGCAGACUCCAUUUUGCUAUCUUCAGGAUAACAAAAACACAUAAUUUCCUUGAUUUCUUCUUACUUCUGUAACUAGCCACUUGCUUGAGCUGAGGAAUAUAUUACAUAAACAAACCAAGAUAAGCAAUGAAGCAAGGGGGAUGGAACGCUCUGUCUAAAAUGUUAAUGGAAUAGAUGCAUAUCUAAACACAGACACUAGUGACAGAGAAGACUAAGUAAUUAAUUUUACUUUCUAAAUUUUACAAGGUACCAUUGUAAGAAAGGGUUGAAAUGGAGUUUAGAACUGUCAAUUUUACAAGUUACGAUCAAGUAGAUGCCACAAAGACUGAGCCAAACGCUUUGAACUGAAAGCAAAUCUAAGUUAUGGUAGUCAUUUUAGAUAAGCCAAAUGACAUCAAAAUCGUCAUCAGGAAAAGUUAACUCUUUCCUGGAUAGGAAGGUUUCGUUAGACGAGACUGCCAUCUAUGGAUCAAAUACCUAAAUUGCGACCCAUCGAUUGUACACACCUACAGCUGCCUAUUGGGUUAUCAACUAAUGACGUACAGAGAGUCUGGCCCUUUAAAAGUUAGGACAAAGGGAAGACAGAGGUAGUUGGGGUUGGAAUAGAGAUACAGAGAGAGAGGAAUUGGAACUUUGGGGACUCCAACUCGGACAUGCAGAGAAAUCCAGGACAAUAUCUGGGACUAACACUCUACCCUUAAACUCUCUUGGACAUAAACUCUUAAACUCUUUAAUAUUUUUUCUAUCACUCACACACCUACAUACAACCAAUCAAGUCUCUGGGACUACCUACUCAUCUGAUGAGAAUAUCCACAUAACUGGUAAUUAUGCUGGUUUCAUUUAAUUAAUUUAAAUUAAUAAAAAUUUACUAAUAGCAUGCUAUAUGACUGGAUAAAUCACGGUCAGAUUUCAUAUUUAGAAAUCUUAGUUAACUAAAGAAUAUAUAGUUAUAAACAUUCCAUUCUGCAGGUGGAAUUAAGAAUAAUUAUAUAUUAAUGUGAUGUUAUCACGUGUUAGCAUACCGUUGUUUUUAUCCAGGUGUAUUGAUUUAUUCUAAAAUAAGAUAAGAUAUCUUUUUAGACAAACUAAAAUUCUGCUUUUGUAAAAAUCUGGUAGAUUAUUCUUAUUGGAUGGUUCCAGGAAAUGACUAAUGAGCUGGUUCAAAUGUUAUUUUAAUUGAAAAUCACAGGAGAAUAGGAUACUAUAUGCCUAGGAGGAUCUAGCCAGCAUUGAAAGGGUUAUUCAGUUGAUCUAACUGUUAGCCAGGGUUUUAUGGCUCUUCGCUGUGAAAAGCUUUACUUUUGUCUGUAAGGAUACCCUCAUAAAUCUUAAGUGACAGCUGGUGCUGUAGCCGUUGAAACGUGUUAGCCAUUCCAUUGUAUUGCAAAUUAUGUUAUACUAAAUAUUUACUGAUUAUUAUCAUGCAUGUUGCCUAAUAUUAUUUGUUAAUUAAUUUGUUACAAUAAAAAUAAAAUCUAUUUUUAUAACACAUUGUGAUCAUUAAUUGUAUGGAAUACUUUUCACUUACAUGAUAAACGAUCUCUAAGAUUUAAGAGAAUUGAAAUAGUGGGCAAUUCUCGACUGCUUAAAUUUAUCAUCCCAUAAAUAUCCCCACAAACCCCGAUUGGUCAUUGUGUACAAUUUGUGGAGGAGAGGGGCCAUUCGGUUGCUAAUGAGUUUAGCAUAAAUUUUGGCGUCUCCAUUAAGAAGGGAGAUAGGCCUGAAAUUUUUGCAUUGGGUGGGGGGUUUGCCAGGCUUAGGGAGGGUGGAUAUAUGGGCAAACAGCAUCUCAUCUGGCAAUGCACCCGCAGUAGCACAGUGGUUUAAAAGAUUUAGAAGGUGUGGCGUGAGGAUAGUUGAGAAUUUCUGGUAAUAGGCAUUCGUGAGGCCAUCGGGUCCUGGGGAUUUGUGGGCUGGGAGUUGUGAUACUACAGCUGUGAGCUCGUCUAAGGAGAACGGUUGUUGUAGAAGGUCUAGGUCUCCGUCCUUUAGUUGCGGUAAAUCGAGGUCUGUUAAAAAUUUGUCAAUGUCAUCAUGGGUAGGUAAGAACAUGUCGGGGUCAUUUUUGAGAUUGUACAACUCACUGUAAUAUUUUGCAAACAGAUCUACAAUACUUUGUGGGUUCAAUGUCUUCUUCCUCUUAUUAUCUAUUAGGAAGGCAAUCUUGGAGGCGACACUCCUCUCCUUUAAUUGUGAUGCUAACUUGGCACCUGCUCUGUUGCCAUUGGUAAAGAAGUUGUGUUUAGCUUUGCGUAAGAGAUACGUUGUUUUGGCUAACUCUAUGUUUUUCAAUUGGCUUUGGAGGGCUAAUAAUUUUUUGUAAAUGGUCUUGCUUGGUUCUCGCUUGUUGGAGUGUGUCAGUAUAGUGAUUUCCGCUACCAGCGAGUCAUAUUUUGCCAUCCUUAGUUUUUUGGCUCGACUGGCAUGUUUUAUGAGACUACCCUGUAUGACCGCUUUAUGUGCUAGCCAGAUUUGUUCUAUAGGGGAGUCAUUUAUCGUAUUUUCAGUGAAAUAAUGCUGGAGGUCUGUAGUGAUCUGUGCGACUAUGGAGGGAUCUGUCAGAAGGGACUCGUUAAGUCUCCAUGUGCCUGUCCCUUUAUUGGGGAAUGCUUCCUUAACACUAAGGGUGAUAGGUGCAUGGUCAAACCAUAACAUUGUUCCAAUAGUAGCUUCUUCUAUGUAAGGCAUUGAUGUGGCGGGAAUGAGGACUCUGUCUAUUCGGGAGUAGCUAUUGUGUGCCACUGUAUGACAUGUGUAAUCCACCUCUGUGGGAUGGAGGAUGCGCCAUGGGUCCACCAAGUGGUGGGAGGCUAGCGUGGUGCAGAUUUUGGCUGCUAGAGCCAUUCUUUGCCGCAUGGUGCCUCGUGAAAGCCCUGUAGCAGUGGACGAGUCAGACUCGCCAUCUAAUAAGAAGUUCGUGUCAGGGCCGGACUGGGAGAAAAAUUCGGCCCGGGCAUUUUUUUUAACACAGCGGCCCACUAAAAAGGGGGCGGGGCAGAGGAGGUGUGUUUUGUCAUCACCAAUGACAAACACGCCUCCUCUCAAAGUGAGCAUGUUGGUUCAAUGCUCUUCCAGGGCAGACCAUGCGCAGAGCUCUGCUGAAGAGCUCUAGCAUGAGAAAAAAGUCCUGUAUUUGUUCUGCACAGUGCAAGCAAAUUUAAUAACAUGCUUGCACUGUGUUUCCUUGCAACUUGUCUCUGGUGUCUCUAUAAAUGGAUACCAGGAGACAAAAGGCCAGGAAAGAGUAUUGUGCAUGUGUUUGGAGCCUGCUUGUGGUAUUGCGUGUGUGCAGAGUGAGCUGGUCGUGGUGUGGUAUUGUGUAAUAAGGUCGGUUUUAGUCGUGUUGUGUUUGUGGUGUAAUGUGAUGCAUAUGUGGCUCAGGGACCCCCUCCCGCCCGGCUCUGGAAAGGGGUUAAAACUUACCUUUUUCCAGCGCCGGGCGGGGAGCUCUCCUCCUCCGAUCCGCCCUGUCGGCUGAAUGCGCACGCGUGGCAAGAGCUGCGCGCAUUCAGCCAGUCGCAUAGGAAAGCAUUUAUUAUGCUUUCCUAUGGACGCUUGCGUGCUCUCACUGUGAUUUUCACAGUGAAAAGCACGGAAGCGCCUCUAGUGGCUGUCAAUGAGACAGCUGCUAGAGGCUUUGGGGGAAGGCUUAACCCAUUGAUAAACUGCUAUGUUUAUAAAACAAUGGGUUAACCCUAGAAGGACCUGGCACCAAGAGCACUUCAUUAAGCAGAAGUGGUCUGGGUGGCUAGAGUGGUCCUUUAAGAGUGUAGUGUGUGUGUGUGUGUGUGUAUAUAUAUGUAUAUAUAUAUGUAUAUAUAUAUAUAUAUAUAUAUAUAUAUUUGGAAGUAUUGUGUAUGUGUGUGGUGCAGUGUGUUGGGGGGGUUCUGUGUGUAUGUGAGGGGUGCAGUAUGUGUGUGUGUAAGGGUGCGGUGUGUGUGUGAGAGGGGUGCGGUAUGUGUGAGAGUGCCGUGUGAGAGUGCCGUGUGUGAGUGAUGGGUGUGAGAGUGCCGUGUGUGAGAGUGCUGUGUGAGAGUGCUGUGUGAGAUGUGUGUGAGAGAGUGCUCUGUGAGAGUGCUGUGAGUGUGAUGGGUGUGAGAGUGCUGUGAGAGAGUGCUGUGUGUGUGUGAGAGUGCUCUGUGAGAGUGCUGUGAGUGUGAUGGUGUGAGUGCUGUGUGAGAGAGUGCUGUGUGAGAGAGUGAUGGGUGUGAGAGUGCUGGGUGUGAGAGUGCCGUGUGAGAGAGUGCUGUGUGUGUGUGAGAGUGCUGUGAGUGUGAUGGGUGUGAGAGUGCUGUGUGAGAGAGUGCUGUGUGUGAUGGGUGUGAGAGUGCAGGGUGUGAGAGUGCUGUGUGUGAUGGGUGUGACAGUGCUGUGUGUGAUGGGUGUGAGAGUGCUGUAUAAAUGUUAUUGUGUGUGUGUGUAGGGGGGGGUAAAUAAAAUUUAAAAAAAAACAAAACAAAAAAACAGUAAUUAUUCCCCCCCCCUCCCUUCUUACCUUUAGCCUGGGAGGGGGGGUCCGGCACGCUGGCAGGCGGGGUGGAGCUGUUCCCUGGUGGUCCUCGUGGGUGAGUGAACUCUAGCCAGCAUAGCCUGUGAGGCUAGAGUUCACUCUCGCGAGAUCCGGUCGUUGCCAUGGCAACGCGCCGGAUCUCGCGAGAGGAACGCGGCGGAGCUGCAAAUUAGAGCUCCGCCGGGUCCUCUCUCCAGCCUGGCUGGCUGUCUCCCUCCCUCUCUCCCCGCCGGCGGCCGCAUGUGGGCCGGUCAGGGAGAUCCUUGAUCUCCCCAACGGCCCGUCGUGGAAAACAGCGGGGCCGGCGCUAGGAGAGUGCCGGCCCUGCAUAGACCGGCAGAGGAGAUCCUGGGACCUCCCCUGCCGGCCUCGGCCCCACGGACACCGCGGCCCACCGGGCAUUUGCCCGGUGUGCCCGAUGGCCAGUCCGGGCCUGGUUCGUGUCACCUCCAAUAAUUACCUCCCCAUAUUUAUACAUGUCAAGUAGUGCCAGAGUCGAGGUUAAGAAUUCAUGUUGGUUCUCAUUAGGACUGUAAAUGUUGACCAGUGUGUAUGGAGUAUUAUUAAGGAGACAUUGCAAUAUUAGGUAUCGCCCUUUUCUAUAAUUUAUCUUGCAGACUAGAGAAAACACUACAUCUUUGCUUAUUAAAAUGGAGACGCCCCGUUGUUUGGCUGUAUAGCAGGUGUGGAAGUCAUGGGGGAACCAUUUGGAGGUAAAUUUAGGCCUAUCUUUCCACCUAAAGUGUGUCUCCUGGAAGAACGCCACUAGAGCGCCACAUUUUCUUGCCUCCUGUAUGGCCAACCUGCAUUUGUUCGGGGAGUUAAGCCCUUUCGUGUUUAGUGACAUAAUUUUAAUCACCAUAAGGUAGUUUAAGGUGCGCUGUACUCCUAGAUGUUAAAGACUCAAGGUUCUGUUGUAAGUCGGGUAUGGUGCAAUUCGUGGAUAUACUCACAAGGUGGGGGGGGGAGCAACAAGGUAAUAACUAUAUAUAAUACUCCAUGUGUCACCAUGUGGUGGCAUUGGGUUGCGUAAAGCAACAGACGGUUUAGGCUACGUAGGAGCCUUGGGGGUGGCCCACUUGGAGCAAAAUGUCGAGAUCUACAACGUAUAUGAUCUACAACAAUGCAGAGGUUCAAGCAUAGAGAGUCCGGGUGUUAUCUCACCCGAUCACGGCCUGGGUCAUGGGUCUUUUAACCGACAAUUAUAGAAUAGAGUAUGAGGGGAUCAAGUAAUUAAAUAUAACUAUAAAACCUGUACUUCCAGUCCAUUCGGUUAUCACCGAGUGUUGCUAUGGUCUGUCAGUUUCUUCGGUCCGUGAGUGUGCGUGAAGCCUUCGUUGUUUGUUCCCAGUCUUUAGUGAGAGAUUUUGGUGCUGUGGUCGGCAGCGGCUUCUUGGGGCUGCUGGCCUGUAGUGGAAUGUUCCAUUCCUGGGGGAUCUUUUUCCCAUCAUCUGGACUGAGUAUUGGUUUGUCUACACCAUUCUGUUUGAUUAACAACUUUGCAGGGAAGCCCUAUUUGUAGGGGACAUUUGCUGCUCGUAGUGCUGCAGUGAUGGGUGCAAACGUACGGCGUGCGAGCAUUGUUGUUGAUGAGAGGUCUGUGAAGAGUUUGAUGUCAGUAUAUGGGUCAGGCCAGUGGCCUGCAGUUCUGGCUGCUUGCAUGAUGCGGUCCUUGACAGGGUAGUAGUGAACCCUUGUAAUGGUGUCUCUCAUUGUUUCAGGUGGGAGAUGUUUGGGUUUGGGGAGACGGUGCGUUCUGUCCAGGAUUAGCUCUGAAUCAGUUAGUGAGGGGACAAGCACUCUAAAUAAGUCCUGCACAUAUCGGGUUAAUCCUGUUUGUGUAACAGAUUCUGGGAUACCUAUUAUACGUAUAUUAUUUCUUCGGCUUCUGUCCUCCUGGUCAGCUACUUUCCCUUCCAAUGCUUUUAUUUUUUGUGUUAGGGGUGUGUAAGCCUCUGCCAUGGAGUUGUGUGCAUCUACUAACUCCUCGGUGCGCUCUUUUAGACGCGCUGUGCGUUCCCCUAUGCUGUUGAUAUCUGACCUGAUGUCUGCUGCCAUCUGCUGCAGGUCUGCUUUAAAUGAGGCUUUCAAUUCGUGCAUGAUCGAUUGGAUAGAGGAGUUCGUCGCUGGGCUUUCCUGACUGUGUCUGCUGUCCUCUGCUUCAGAAUUGCAUGCUGGGGAUUUGGGCCUAUCGGCACCAUCUUGCUCACCAUGCUCCAUUGCUUGAUUCUUCUCCAGGUGGGCAUGUAUAGUUUUCUGUUUCAUUUUUUUUUGCGGUUUUGUCGCCAUUAGGUAAGAGGUGAAUUCCCCUUGUGGUUUACUAGUUUAGCCGGUGUUUCGUCGGUUACUCCACGCUGUGAUAGCCCGGUUUCGAAGAGCUCCGGUCUCACACGUCUGCUCACAUGUGCGGUCAGGACAGGCCCCCCGUAUGUAUUUUUUAUGUUAAAUGCAUUCAGUAUAGUUGCCAGAAAAAGGCGCGCUAGCACAAGUGGUGUAAUAGUACACUUGUUUUUCAUGUGUGCACCUGCGACCUGCAAUGUUUUGCCUUUAUAAUAGCACCUGCUCUUUAUGGAGCAUUUAGUAUUUACCGUUCAUAGUUAUCUCCAAUUGUCCCAUGCUAGAUGCUGGAGGGAGCCUUUUGUAUGAUAUCCUGUGGGGUCUGCUGAUUAUUAACCCUAUCACUGCAGCAAUAGGUGUUUUAGGAAUAUGUUCUGAUCCAUCUCAUUUGAUAAUUUGUGGAAUAUUCCCUCCAGCUUUCAUCAUAUAGUAAUAAAAAUUCAUGUUCUUAUAUAGAUGUCAGAUUUGGGAUAAUUUAGCUGACUUCAUUUUGAAUAUCGCAUACUAUCACGUCAGCACUGAAUUUCUGCAAAGAUCACCUAACAUGUCAACAUUAUUUAAUUAUCAGAAUGAUUAAUGAACAUUCAGAACUCAGGCAGGGAAAGGACUGAGGACUGUUUGGAGAAGCAUAUUAACACCAUUCACAUUCAGGUAUCCCCAUAAUUACCCCAUCAUAUCACACCAUGGGGCAUGAGCUAGUGUGAAUGUUGCAUAGAUUUCUUUUUUUCAUCUAUAUAUUAUUAAACUCUUUCAAAACUGUAGAAGUGUAUUUAGUUUUGCAGGUAGAAUUUACACACUCAUAUUGUAAACACUCUAUACACUCUAAAUACACAGUGUGUCUUUGUAUGUAUAUAUUUAUAUAUACCUAUAUAAUUUUAUCUAUUUAUUUAUUUUUCAUUAGAUUUUGAAUUAUUCUUUAUAGGAAUACCCCAAUGAUGCCUGAAGACCACACUCCCAGGCUUACUCCUCAGGGCAUCCCAUAUAAGGAUUUAACCUACUGUGUGAAUGAAGAUGGGCAGCACAUUUAUUGCAAAUAUUGGAAGCCGUCUGGUCCUCCAAGGUAAGUUUAGCUGCAGUAACAGUCCUCAAUCUACUUACUUCCCAUGUGCCCCAGAUCUGGCAGAGCACUCUCUAUUACUCUCCCUUGGUCAUGGCUUUUUUUCCUCUUGUGUCAUACUACAACAAAAAGAAAAGUCCUAUAAAAAAGCAGAGUUCAAGCUUCGACCAAUAAGAUAGCACUUCUGCAGCUAAUGCCAAGGUUGUCUGACCAACAGGGCGCUGUGACAACCAACGCACAUGCACAUCAGGCUCCCACUUUUUAAUGCUUUCCAUUGGGCAGCCAUACCUGCAUGCCCCUUCCCUCCGAUUUUAUUCAUCCCAAAAUCUAUUGUAGAAUUUAUAUACCUAUUGGGCAUUUAUUAAAUAAGCUGGGAAUUGGGAAACAUUCACAAGCUCAUAACAUAACAUAUUUAGGCAUGAAUAUUUAAACCUGACAUAUUUUGUUUUGUAAUAAAAAUGUAUUGUAAUAAAAUAUAUAUUAUUUUUGUAAAUUCUCGAUAUUAUCAUAAUGAUUAAAACUCCUAGUAGCAAUUCUUACUAAAAAAAAACAAAACAGUUCAUGUUUAUUAAAGAUGUUUUUAUUGUAAAAUUACUUAAUAUUAAAAUGGCCACAUAUGCUUCUAAAUAUCUGUAGGGAAUGGGUACCUUUUGAGAUGUAUUUGCUAAAGUAGUGGUUAAUAACCUUGGGUCAGAGCCCAGAACUAGGUCCUAUUUGUCAGCGCGUGGGACCAAGCACAUUGUAUUUAUGGGGUUUCAGGUUAUUUUACAGAAUGUAGUACUCCAUAACACUGGGUACAUGUUUAAAAAAUAUGAUAAAUGUGUAUUUACAGAUUAAAAACAUAUGCAAGCUAAUGUCAUAUACAUUAUUUGGGUGUCAUUAAAUUAAACAGUGAGCUGACAAUUGACAUUAUAGAUUAAAAUGUGUAAUAAAAAUGUGCAACUGUUUUAGCCUUAACUCUUCCAAUUGCCACCAGCUCACCAUAAGUCAUAUAUAUAUAUAGAAAUAUAUUGGGAUGGGAUGUUAGCAUGAUACUGUUAAGUAUAAUAGUAUAAUAAGUAUAAUAAUAAUAAUUGCUUAGUACCACACCUAUCUGUGAUUGAUCCCUUGAUGAAACAACAUAUGGAGAAUGUGUUACAAAUGCAGUGUGAUGACAUUCUGCCUUUACAUCAUCCAUUUAAUAUUUAAGGUUUUUGAGAACUUCGAUCAGUGAUAAACUUAUGUCAACUAAUUAAAAAGAGACACAUCUGCAUUGCUUUCCUUAAGCAUGACCUAAUUUCAAUCUUUUUACACCAGUUUUGCUAGUCUAGCCAUCAGAUGUGUUUAGGUAGUCACACACAGGGCUUUUUUCCAUUCAAAGUAUAUUGAACAUAUAUGCAAUAUUUCACACAUGGACAAUAUUAUAUAUUGACUCUUUAUAAAUGCCAGUAAUAAUUAAAAUAAAUUAUUGAUUAAGGCCAGUAAUAAUCAAUAAGAACAAAUAAUCUUGAUAUGAGUUUAAGUUGUACAGAGAGUCGGGAACCACCGCCCGCAGUUAUAUAACACCUGAUAACGUAACUGGAUCCGAACAAGCUGUGUAUCUGUGUAAUAUCUGCAUGUAUGUAUAUAGUGGGGCCUACAACUCUUUUGUCUCCAUAUCUACAAAAACUCAAUAAAAAGAGAUUUCACAAAAAAAAGUUAAGAGAGAAGGAGAGAAAAAAAGAGGGUGGUUGGGGCAGGUUUCUAGAUUUCAGCUCCAGGGGACAAGGGGGCAGACAAGGCAGGGGAUCUGCUUUCGGUCAGUGUUACCAAUAUUCAGGUCAAAUCUAUAUUAGACAAUAGCAACCAUAUCCUAUAGAACCAUAUAGAAGCAUACUUCUGAUAGUUGCCAGAGUUGGAAAGAAUCAGCUCCUCCAUAAAUCAUAUGCUGGCAAUCCAGUCUCUAAUCAUGAAAAUCGCACUCCACCUGCAAUAACCCAGAGUGAGGCUGUGUGCAGCAUUGCUUAAAUGUGGGAGUAAGAAAUUGCAGCAUUUCUUGUGUGAAAUAGGGAGGAAAUGCAAUAAGUAGAUCUCUGCGGAGAGGGUGAGCAGGACACGUGUAAGCGUAACAAGCACUGAAUGAACACAUCCUUCCAGAAAGAUUGCAGCCCUACCACAUAUGGAACAGAGUACCUAACUAUCGUUUACAUCGCCAGCACUCUGGAUCUUGCACUCUGGAUGGAAAUGCUUCAAAUUUAUUACUAGUAUUAUACCAGUGGGUGAGCAUCUUGUAGCCUAAUUCAUGGUACUAAAUGCUUAUAGAAGACCUAUGGGUGAGGACUCUUCGUAGGGUACUGGGUGUCCAAGAUCUCACUCCCAAUAUCUCAUAAAAUAUGGGUGAGGAGUCUCCUCCAAGGCAAUGAUCAAAGUUGUGUAUAAAACCAGAAUUGCUGUGCGCGGAGGAAUUCAAAAGAGUUGGACAUUCUGAGAGAAGGCAAAAGGCCCAAAAUGAAAGAAAAAAAUGAGUUGGUGGAAGCGGAUUUUCAGGGAGAGUGCAGGGAACAGCUUAAAUUGCAAAGCAGACUGUCUCCAGGCUGACAGCAUGUGUUGAAUAGUGUGAUGGCUCCUGGAUACACAAUGGUGAAUGCUUCCAGUGGUCCAUGGAAAAGCGUACAGUGGGGCUGUAGCAAAACUUUUCUCCAUCUCCACCCUGAGAUUACAUGAAGGCACUGAAUUCUCUGUAAAUGAACAGUCUUAUUAUAUUUAGAUACGUCUGGUGACCCAAGACCACCAUGUCAUUUGGGGUGUGGCAGUGAUGCAGGGCUUGCCUCAAGCAAGCCCUGCAUCACUGCCACACAUACUCAGUUCGAAGUAGUCUAAAAUAAAAGGAGCUCAGGAUAUGUACUGGUAACUUCUGGAGUAAGAACAGAAACUGCAGCAAGAUGUUCAUACUCAGCACACUGAAUAUGAAUCCUAGCAGGCGAAGCCGUUUUUGGCAGUGACAAAUUGUCGAAAUCAGACUUGACACUUUUCAGCCAAGGAAAGGAAGUUUUGCUGGUACUCCUGAGAUAAGAUGGACUUAAUUUGUGUGCUCAUGUAAGUUAUGGCUCCAUCACACCAAGAGAGGUGGGAAAUCGCUGCACGGCUGCACGGCUGCACGACAAAUAUAGAAUAAUUGAUUUUGACAGGGAGAUAAACGUGUGAAAUUCCUGCAUUAUGGCUGGAAGAGAAGUAUCAGGAUCCAUAACCUUGAAAAGCAGGUAAUCUUUAAGGGCCGCAAUCUAACAUGGUUCUUUCUACCUGUGUACCUCAGAUCGCAAAAUAUGCCCUGCAAGCUGUAAAUUUCAAACUAAGAACAAAAAGGAGUGCAGACAGCGGGCAGCCUUAUCUAGAGCCAUUGGUGAGAGCAGACAAUACACUAUUAAAACACGCACUACACAAAGAUUUAGUAUAGAGGACUGCAACCCAAAAAAGCAUAAUAGGUCCCAAGAUGACACAGGGCUUUAUCAUUGUGAAAAAUUCAUAAAGGAUUUCCACAUUACAGGAGAAAUUAGCUGAGCUGGGGAAUACUGAUGUAGAGAUUGUGUUUCAAAUGAUAGUCUACAUUUUCAAUUGCCUUGUCAAAUAUCUAAAAUUCCUUAUUUAGUGAGUAAAGCAUUGCAAUUAUUAAAAAAAGAUUGUAAUUUGUUAUCCUUAAUUUAAUCUCUGACUUGGGAAGUAUAACAGGUGUCUUGACAUGUUUUGUGCCAAAUCUUUGUCUAAGAGGCAUCCUCCAUAUGGUACAUGCAUAGCAAGGAUGGACAGCAAGUAGCUCUCAUCUGUUUACUGGCAAACAUAAUAUAAUUAUUUAUUUCCACAAUGGCUGGACAGUUUUGCUUUGGCCACCCAUUUUAUUAGGGAAUUUGGAAUAUCCUGAGCCACAUACCGGUUAUUGGCAGCAGGCAAUUGUCAAUCGCCAAGAGAUACAAACUGAAAGAAAAAUUACAAUAAACAUUUAUCUAUGCCACGUAUAUAUUAAAUGGACUUUAUUGCUUCCAUUUGAAGACAAAUCUAGGUAUGUACUACAAUUUCUGUCUACUAUUCCGUCAUAUACUUCACUGUUGCACCUUUCAAAAUUUGCCAUCUUAUUCUGUUAGAUUUUUCUUUAACAUAUGUGAAAAUUAAUACCUUGUCUCAUUUCCUCCAAGGUGGACAUACUAAAAUAGAAACAUAGAAACAUAGAAACAUAGAAUGUGACGGCAGAUAAGAACCAUUCGGCCCAUCCAGUCUGCCCAAUUUUCUAAAAACUUUCAUUAGUCCUUAGCCUUAUCUUAUAGUUAGGAUAGCCUUAUGCCUAUCCCAUGCAUGCUUAAACUCCUUUACUGUGUUAACCUCUACCACUUCAGCUGGAAGGCUAUUCCAUGCAUCCACUACCCUCUCAGUAAAGUAAUACUUCCUGAUAUUAUUUUUAAACCUUUGUCCCUCUAAUUUAAGACUAUGUCCUCUUGUUGUGGUAGUUUUUCUUCUUUUAAAUAUAGUCUCCUCCUUUACUGUGUUGAUUCCCUUUAUAUAUUUAAAUGUUUCUAUCAUAUCCCCCCUGUCUCGUCUUUCCUCCAAGCUAUACAUGUUAAGAUCCUUUAACCUUUCCUGGUAAGUUUUAUCCCGCAAUCCAUGAACCAGUUUAGUAGCCCUUCUCUGAACCCUCUCUAAGGUAUCAAUAUCCUUCUGAAGAUACGGUCUCCAAUACUGUGUACAAUACUCCAGGUGAGGUCUUUCCCUGGCUUUUAUUAUUACUGAGACCACUUACCAUUAUUGUAUCACUUCUUUGAUUAUUGUUUUAUAUUAUAUUUACCCAAACCCGGAAUUGAACAAAUAUGUAUUUUUGAGAUCUGAAAUAUAAAAUAAAAUUAUAUGUAGAUAUGAACAUCGCUGUAUUCUGGAACUGAGUGCCUACAUCUUAGUUGCUUGUCAAUCAUUGCACUUGGCAGCCAGCUUAGUUAACAGUUUAGGAAGAGCACAGAAAUAGGAGAAAAAACAUAAACAGUUUCUUUUUCUCCUUCUCCAGUGCUAUGACUGUGCUUAAACUGAACUGGGUGGUGAUGUAAAUUGCUUAAUCUUAAAUAUACAUUUAAAUGGAAAAGGAACAUCACAUGAAAAAAAGGUUCUUCAAUGCUAUUAUCAAUGGUACAAUUUUAAGAGAUGUGACAGUUCCCCUUUAAUAUUGUCCAUUUGAAACUACAGUUCAAAGGACUGGACUGACUAUUGUAUGGCCAUAUUGUGUUAAGCCCACCACUACUUCACAGUACCCCAAUAUCGGUGGGUCCUACGCUAAUUCCAACGUGGGAAACAAAUCGAAAAGUGCUAGUGCUAAAUAAGCUGAAGUGUAUUUAAAUACUGUAAUCUGUAAAAGCACUGUAAAUAUAUAUAAUACAAAUUUAAUGUGAUAAAUACGAUCAAAUAAAACAGUGUCCAAACUAAACAAUUAAAGUAAUAGUGCUUUAACAUAUAUAUUCACAAUGCAAAUUAUAUAUCUGCUCAAUGAAAAUUAUAAUUGAAGUGACAUUACUAUCCAAAACCUCCUCAAAUAUAUACCUGUGUUCACCGCCAAAGGGGUCUCUGAAGUUGGAUUAACCACAAAGGGAAUUUGGUUUGGAAUCCAAACUUACAAAGUAAAAACAAAAGGGAAUUGGGGAUGCACCCGGAACAUGCAUCUUGCAGGAAUGGUGCUGCCGUAGUGACCAGAAUUUAUACAUAAUACAGAUUAAGGAACAGCGCACUCAAAAUGCAUUUCUAAAUUCUAUAAGGCUACUUACAAUCACUAAUCUCAGCAAACAUAUAUGGGGAUUCAGUUCCACCAUAUGGACAUAUUGUGAUAAGCCCACUACUACUUCAAAAUACCCCAAUAUUCGUUGGUCCUACACUAAUUCAAACAUGGGAGAUAAAUCAUUAUUUAGCCCUACCACCUUUGAUUUGUCUCCCACAUUGGAAUUAGUAUAUAGGACCUGUUGUCUGCUUGUAACUAGUAUAAUUCAUAAAAGUCUACACUUUUUGCAAAAUGAAAAAAAGAGGACACACUUUUCACAAAUAAAGCUUUUUAGUAAGCUAAAGUACUUUAGGGGUCUGGACUGUCCCUUUAAAUUGUUUUAGAUAAAAUUCCUGUAGUGAUUUUUAGCAGAAUCUGCAGAUUUUUGGGAAGCCAUUGGGGGUCUAGAGAUCUGUUUAAUGAAAUUCUUGUGCUAUAUCUGGCCACAAUCACCCAGUUGGGCCACACUGUUUAUUCAGAAAUAACUCCAUAAAACAGAGGAAGCAAAACAUGUUUCUCCAAUUGUUGUUGAACUACUACCUCAUGAUUCUUCAUUAAAAGGUUAUUCACUAAAGUAAGAAUUUAAGGUGAAUUCAAAGUAAAUUUUUAAUUUAAGGCCAAUGUUGCUGAACUGGAACCAUAGCGGAAUUAGAGAACUUUUCUGGUUCUAGUUGACCCUCUGCAUGCAGACACUGAACUUUGCUCAUAGAGAUGCAUUGAUUCAAUUCAUCUCUAUGAGGAGAUGCUGAUUGGCCAGGGCUGUGUUUGACUUGUGCUGGCUCUGCCCCUGAUCUACCUCCUUGAUAGUCUCAGCCAAGCCUAUGGGGAAGCAUUGUGAUUGGCUCAGACCACUACUUCUGAUGAUGUCAGAGUUUAGAGGCAGCAGCUCCAGACUUAAAUACAAGUAAAAUUUGACUAUAUUUUGUGUGGCAAGAGGGGGGUCAGGGGGGCUAGAUGAUGGGUUUAACACUAUAGGCUCAGAAAUACAUGUUUUUUGUUCCUGACCCUAUAGUGUUCCUUUCAUAUAGUGUUUUUAGUAAAUACAUCCUGCCCCAUUAUUUUAGCAAUGUAAAAUGUUGCUGUUUCUAAAAAGAAUUCUAAACCACACCUCUAGUUGUUCAGACUGACAGUCAAUAAAUGUGCUUCCUCCUUGAAGACCUUUGAUUUUCGAAGGUCUUCAUGUUUGAUGUCAUCACACAUAGUGUGAUGAUGCCAAAUGUGUACAAUACUUCUCAUGGUCUAGCCAUAGAUUACAAGUACGCUUGAUAGCUUUUAUUUACUUUUUUUUUUUUUUUUAAAGAAGAAGGGCCCCAGUAAUCUAACCUCAAAAAUGAAACUUGUUCCUUUAAUGAAAAUAUUUUGUGAUCUUAGCUUACGUAAAAGCUGUGAAACAAAUGGAUACAGUAUGUACAGCACCAUAUAUUCCCAUGGCUCUGUUAGGAGUUUAGUGAUCCGAGUUUUGCAUCGCUCCCCUGGGGAGAUUUAUUAUGAUAGACUGCUGCAAUGGUAAGAUUCCAAUCCAGCGAUAAAGAUGUUUCCAGUAAUUUUGUUAUUCUACAUAGAAAGCAUGAUUUACAUUCAGUGCUAUGGAAUAUGUUGGCACUUUAUAAAUCAUUGUAAUAAUAAUAAUUCAAGUUGCCUAUAGACACAAAUACCUAACUCUCUUAGAGUGUAAACUAUGUACACUAGCCAGGGCCCAAAAGCCUUACUGUACAAGUAAACAAAUGGCCUUGUAUUUAAAGGGACACUAUAGUCACUAGAACAACUACAGUUUAAUGUAGUUGUUCUGGUGUCUAUACCAUGUCCCUGCAGGCUUUUUGCUAUAAACUCUACCUUUUCAGAGAAAAAGCAUUCUUUACAUUACAACCUAGGGACACCUUUAGUGGCCACUCUUUAGACGGCCACUGGAGGUGCUUCCUGGGUCAGUGCUGCACAGUUUGCAUCACUGAUGUUCAGCAUCUCUAUACAGUGCAUGGAGACUGUGAUCUUUCCUCCUAGAGAUCUAUAAGGAGAUGCUGAUUGGCCACGGCGGUGUUUGGCUCUGCCCCCACCCCACCUCCUUGGCUGAGAUCAUCAAAAUUGACAAUAUCAACCAAUCCAAUGGGAAAUCAUUGUGAUUGGCUGAAAUCAUCACAUCUAAUGAUGUCCGCACUAGGAGACAGAUCAGGAGCAGAACCAGCGCCGACGGACCUGCGCUAAUGGAAAAAAGAUAAGAUGUUAGUAUAUUUAGGAUGUCGGGGCAGAGUGGGGCGGGGGGCUAGGACCUAAAGAGUGAUUUUAACACUAUAGAGUCAGGAAUACAUGUUUGUGUUACUGACACUAUAGUGUUCCUUUAACUUCAUUUUUUAAAUGAAUUUUGUUUUACACUUGGGGCCAGAGGCUUGGUACUAUAAAAAGCUAUGUGUUAGAUAUAAGCUCCCGAGAUUAGUAUAUCCCCCCUCUUUUCAGAUUUGAUUUAAAGUCUAUAGGGAUCCGAGCAGCGUGGAGCCAGGUAUUUAACAGCCCCCUCUUCUGCAGUUGUAUGUACGUAUGAUUUUAGGCGCAGUAUACGUCAUAUUGUAUCUUUGUUUCACUAUUACACAAGGUUUUGGGAAUCCUUGUACUGUAUACAGCAGCCCCCACUUAUUUGUUGUACUAUAGAGAGCGCCUAUAAACUUUUGUUUUUUUCCUUGAUUUAAAGUGGCUAUAGAAACGUGGAUCAGUUUUGAAAUACAACUCUCAUCAGAAAGCACUCGUAAUGCUAGUGAUUCGUUAGCUUGAUGUCCUGCCUUUUAAUUACUCUUUUACAUCAUAAUAUGGUUCAGAACUGUGAGCAGGAGUUUGCAGAUAGAUCAGGGAAACUUCUGUUGCGUGCCAUCAAGGGAUGUCACACCAUACAAACACUAAUUGGAGUGGGUCAAUGAACUCCCGACUGUGUCACUAACACUGGAUGGAGAUUGGAAACAUUGUAAGUUAAACAAACAUUCAGAAUCUCAAAAAAGUGCAUUGACGUUGAAUGAACAACUGAAUUCUCAGUGCUAGAUUCUCUCUAAAUUAGUGCCCAACCCGAAUGGGUACCCAGCACACACACACGACGCCAGACAGGAACCCGAAAAAGGGUAACUCACUGGCACAGAGGACAGGGAAACAGCAAGGGAGCAGAUACAAACAAGAGGACCUGCCCCAGCGGAAAGGGUAAGCCUUCCAGAGAGAAAAGGGCAUGACAACAUUAGACGGCUUAGGGAUACAGGGACACAAUAAACCCCAGAGACACACCCUGAGUACAGGAAUGCUGCAAAAAUUAGGACACCGAUAUACACUGCAACAAACAACCCAACAUAAACAAUGAUACACAGCGAGAAGCACAUAACACGGACAGAACAGAAAACACUAUAUUACACACUUAACCCGCUUAUGUGUAAGAAACACAUAUAAACAAAAAAAGGACACAACAAAGAGGGUACAACAGAAGAGAAAUAAACACAUCACACCCAGAUGAAAAUAGACAACAUAGACUCGGAUUUACAGGGAGAUCGACGUUUAGACGUCACAAAUAGGAGCAAGACACCAACAGAUGUGUACCUAGAACAUAUAGAGCCAGUAACAAACGGACAAAAAUGCUAGGAAACAUGAUAGAACAAUUGACCAAUAGAGAUCAGACACACACGCAUGACUACCAAUAGGCGACAUGAAGGAAUUAGGGCAGGUCAACACAGCACCCAGACCCUUGGAAUUAGACUCCCCGGACCGUAAAGAGACCUACAGGACAGGACACCAACCCGUGGGACCCAGGAUUCCAGCCAGAACAUGAGGACCCAGAGAUAUAAUUAAACCACAGAGAGAAAAAGAGGCCUGAGGGCCGACACAAUAUUCCAAGGUUGACGGGGCCUGCGUGCCCGCACGAAUAUGCUAUUGAAAUGUGACCAUCGUUCUAUGAAUAUAUAUCUAAGACCUGCGAGUCUACAUGUUACAGAUAAGUUUGGAAUGUCGGAUUUUUCUUGCAACAACGACAAUAAAACCAUAUUUACAAAAAAAAAAAAAAUUAGUGCCCAAAAGAUAGGUAAAACGCAGCUGUUGAAAUUCAGCUCCUUAGAUGCUAUGCCAGCCUAUGUUUUAAACUAUUUUAAACUCUGCUCAUUUGGCAGAGGAUAUUGGUUAUUGGCCUGAAUAUCCUAAAUGUGAUUCUUACAAGAAAUUAUGCAAUUUUACAAUACAUAUUGUCUGGUUAAAUGUGUAUUUAUCUAAUGAUUUUACCAACCUAAUGUGUGGGAUCUUGUUAAACAACACAUUUUGGGGAUGGAGUGAAGCCUAGAAACAGAGGCCUGGGUUUGUGUAUUUCAAGGACACCCAGAGAUUGCUCAAGGUCACACAUGUACAGUGAUGCCUGUGACAUUUUACUGUUGCUCAUCUCAGCAGUGUGACAGCCUGGCUUACUAACACAUAAAGAGUGGGGAGACUGGGUACAUGAGUGAUAUUGUAAAUAAUUCGUGACGCUAGCUUGGCACGCGUUUAUCAUUUUAAAGUUGCACAGGGAAUUCUUUUCUAUAGAAUAUAGGAUUGAAGAGCAAGUAAGAAUAAACUGUAUUUUCGGUUUAACCUUAUUUUUUGUAGUCAAAGGGGUUUAUUCACUAAAUUGAAAACUGUGGAGAAUUUCAAACUUGUAGGUUAAAAUAGCCAAACUUAAAAAAAUCACCAACUGUUUUCCAAUGCUAUUUUCCCAGCUUGUUUUUUUUUUGGUCUAAAAACUGCAUUUCCUUUUACCGGUUUUUUAUUUGCAUGUUUUUAUUUUUUUAUUUUUUAUUUUUAACUACACAAAAUUAUAAAAAAUAAAAUUGGAUUUUAAUUGUUUUAUGUCACAAGAUUGGACACACCCCAUUACACUGCGAGAGUCCUAGCGUAGUAGCGUAGCAGAAAUCUCGAAGGGCCUAAAAAAAUCAUUAGGAGCAUUUGACAAGGAGAGCAAGGUAGGCAACCAUUGGCACUCCAGAAGUUGCUAACUACAUCUUCCAUAAUGCUCUUACAUCCAAACUGCUGGCAAAGCAUUAGGGGAGAUGUAAUCCACAGCAUCUGGGGGUGCCAAAAUCUGCCUAAACCCUCCAGAUAGCUAGAAUUGUAGUCUUAUCAAUAAUACUAUGUGGGAACGUUUUACUUCUGCUUAAUUCCUUGUCACUAUAUAAAUAAAUUAUAUUCUUAAUAGUAAUUAAAUUAUAUUAAAAAACAUUAACAGGGAUAUUCACUUAAGUGGGACUUUUUGGGAAUUCAAAGUGAAUUUCAAAUUCAGUUAUAUUUUCAGUUCAGGUAUUUUGGCCUUCACUUUGAAAUACACUUUGAAUGUACAUUGUAUUCCCAAUAAUUCAUGCUUUAGUGAAUAAUCCUGUGAAAGAAGUAUUAUAAAUAACGCAGCGGCAAUGAAGUAGUUAAGCCCUGUUUUUAGGCAACUGCCGCACGUGUCUCUGACAUGGAUAAAUCAAUAUUCUUUUUUUCAAUGUUUAAACUGUAUUGUGAGGCAGUCAGAUUAGAGCGCUUGUCUGUGCAUUGCUGCUCUGUGCAUCCAGCCUUCAAGCUGACAUUUUACUCUGCAAUAUAUUUUGCUGGGCUUCUAGGCUGCCCAGGCAUAAUGAUUACCGGUCAGUGUCUGCAUGUAGUACCCAGCAAUUGUAUUCCUCCAAAAAAGACUAUAUGGUAAAGAAAUAAUUCCCAUUUGUCAAUGCAUUCAAACAUAAUGCAAAAACAUAAGUAAAAUUAUAAACAAAAAAUGUUACUCACCUGCAGCAUUUUCUUUACCAGCAUGGUUUUGCUGGUCUGCCUACAGCCACAGGCAGGUCAAACUCUUCCCACACCAGGAAACUCUUAUCCCACAAACUUCUGAUUGUGAGGAGUUUAUGGGAUAAAUAAAUAAUUAUUUAAAUCAGUUAUACUUAUCUCUGAGGAUGAAAGUAGCUGCUCUUUCAACUGACAGCAUUUAUUCCAUGGCUGCGAUUAAUUUAAGAAUUGCUCAAUCUGUAAUCUGCUCUCAACAGAGUCAUGGUGCACAUGCAUUGUCUGUGGCUUCGCUCUCUCCCUGAUUAAUUUAUACAUUAAAUAAUGUAUUCUCUGGUGACUAUUAAAUAAUGUAUUCUCUGGUGACUAUUAGGAUGGUGAUCCCCUGUAAAUGCUAGAAUUGUAACAUAAAGCGCUCAAUCAAUAUUUGUUUAAAUAUACCCCACAUUCUCUACAUUGGUAGUUCAUUGAAGCAGAUAUCUCUUCAUGUCUCAUCUAAUUUGUUAAAAUGUGUUGAUAGGCUUUGUUUUCUUUACCUAUUACACAGCACCAUGGAAUAUGUUGGUGCUUUAUAACUAAAACUGUGAAUCCCCCACAGAAGGGAUAACUGUCUGUAUGUCUGAUGCUGGGAGUCUUUCUGAAGGAAAACGAUAGCAUUAGGAAUACAAACCUGUAUUCUCUGAACCUGUGGAAUCCUAGUCUUUAUUUAGAUUGGAAGACGCACCCAACUGCAUUAAAUAUAGUAAAACAAGUUUACUUACCUUUUCUCCAGUGUCGACACUCCCACAGUGCUGCUGCCCACGCUGCCGCUUGCAGCGUCAUUCAGCAGAUAUUGCUCUCUCAGCGAUGGUCCAAUGUAAUGCUUCUCAUAGAGGAGCAUUGGGUAAGUGAAGUGCAUGCACAGCUAGCACCGCUCACGUCCAAUCAAAUGCUUCUUACAGGGAGGCAUUGAAUUCAUUGCUUUCCUAUGAGCUACAUUCUCUCACAGGUCUGAGUUUCACUCAGUCGUUGUAGAGGAAUUGUUAUUUGUCAGGAAGUAGGAAGACAGCCACUAAAGGUGUGUUUAGUCCUGCAAUGGAAACAGUAAAUUCUACAAAACUGCAAUGUUUUACAUUGUGGGGAUAAAACCAAAGGCAACUACAAAGACAGUGGCUUUGGUGCAUUUAGUAAUACUUUAAUUUUUCUCAUACUCAAUAAUAAUGAUCAUUUAUAAUACAGGGAACAAAAAACAAAAUAGUUAUCUGCGCACUUUCUCAAAUCCUUAUGCACGUUAAACAACUGGAUGUUUUUAGUAUCACUCUAAUGGGCAUUAAAGGGCAAGCUCACCUGCCAUGUCAAGGCCUCUUAGGUGCGUCCUACACCAACAAUUCACCUUGCAGCUUUCAGCUAAACUAGUACUAACAAUACAGUGGUGAUAUACUGGAGUACAGUGAAUAGGGCACAGACCUCUAGUUUCCAGCUGUUUGGUAUAGUUUAAAUGUAUUUGGACGAUGAUAUACGUUUUAUUGUUUUGACUCUGUUCUCCAGCACAUUGGAUUUAAAAUUAAACAAUGGCUAAGAAGACAAAGUGCAGGCUGUCAGCUAUAAUUUGAGGGUAUUUACAUCCAUAAACCCUGUCUCCUGUUGUAAUUACAGCACCUUUUAUAAGUAAUCCUGCAUAUUAGAAGUCAAAAAAUAAUUGUCUGCUUGAUUUUUCUUGGCCAGACUUGUCACAUUGUAAGUUCUAGACACAAUAAUAAAAGAAAAAAACAAAAAAAGGUUGGUGUUUGUUGCUGUUGUCUCUCAACCUAUGGAUCAAAAAAGUGUUAAUGUUUGUAAUGCAGACAUUCGUGAAGCUGAAUUAACUGAAUAAACCAAGAACAUAGACAAAAUAUUAACUGAAAUCUACCCGUGCUCUCUGCAUGGAGCUCUGGGAAGGAAACAACUUAACCCCUUAAGGACACAUGACAUGUGUGACAUGUCAUGAUUCCCUUUUAUUCCAGAAGUUUGGUCCUUAAAGGGUUAAUAGACCGCAUUAGGCCUUUCUAGUGGAUGAUCAAGGCAUGUUUACUUUGAAACAUCAAACAGAUUAGGACACUUUUCAGGAUGUGGGAAUGGAAAUGUCUGAGAACCAUAAAUAGAGGCUUAUACAAAAUAUAAUCACAGAAAGUUCACCAUAAGAUGCAAAUGUAUUUAUUUAUGAAAUAUUUUACCUGGAUGGAUACAUUGAGAUUUCUCUCAUUUUCAAGUAUUUCCUGGGUCCACAAAUCAUGCAUUGUUACAAUAGGAUGCAAUAUUAAAAAAAAUACUAUAUAUAUAUAUAUAUAUAUACAUACACACACGUAUAAAUUUAAUACAUAACAGGUAAUAAUAAAUAUAUUCAACCAUGACAGGUACAUUCUGUGCUGACGUAUAUUGCCAUAGAUCUCUUAAAAGAUUUUAGAUUAAAUGAAGAUUUGACUGUGUCCCUGAGGUUAUUCCAUAGGAAAAGGAGGAUUGAGCCAAUUUAUUUUUGUAUUGCAGUAUGCUAAAUAUUGUUCUAGUACUGGAUCAGAGGUUACAUAAGGGGGCAACAGCUGGGGAGAGCAUUCUACUCAAGUAGGAUGGGAGCUUCCCAGAAAUGCUCUUAUGCACAAGGCUGGAAAGAUGAAGAGUGCGUCAGAAUUCCAGCGACAACCAGUUUAGCUCUUUUAACAUGUCACAGUGGUGGGUAAAGUAUUUACAUUCUAGUACAAAGCAGCAGAAUUAAUUAUAUAACAUAUUAAGCUUAUUAAGGUGAGUUUGCGGUGCAAAUUAUUGGUAUUCUCCAAGAACAGAAUGCCAGGUCACAGUUUACUAAGGACAAUAACAGCAACAAAUGGCAGUGUUAUGGAGUAAACACUCUUGGGAAUAUGAAAGGAAAAUUGGACAUUGGAAGAUAUUUAUUUACCCCAGGUCUAUGAAUCCGAACAAGAACAUUCUAUUAAUGCAUCCAAGCAGAUUUUCGGGGUGGAAGUGGAAUGUUCACCUUUGUCCGCAUUAAUCAUCUGACCUGAAUCCAAAUGAUGUUUCACCCAAAAUGAUUUCAAAAACCCAGAAACACUUUAUGGCUACUGCUUAAGCCUGACAGCCCAUCAUCAUCAACGAAGCAUAUAGUGUCUGAUGAUCUUUAUGGUUCGCAGACUUUAACAAGUCAUCAAAUGCAAUAGAUUUACAGGCAGUUGUUAAAUAUCAUAACUUGUUGAUUGUUACUUUAAACGUAGUCUAAAUACUUUUGCUCCCUUAAAAUAAAGUAACAAUCUAUACCAAGUGCUGUAAUCCUGCAUAGGUAAAAAAUCUACAAAUUAAAAAAUGACACAAAUUAAAAAAUUAAAGUCUGCAAUUUAGUUAAUGUUUAUUUUUAGAUUUGAUUUGCUGGAAAAAAAAUAGUUAAAAUAGAAAAUUCUGUUUCAUCAUUCAAAUACCUAUGGCCUGGCCUGUUAUUAAAAUGGUAGGCAGACUGUUUCCCUAUCUUAUAUAGAAUGUAAUUGUUAUUUGUUCCACUUAAUGUUUGAACCCCACCACUUUUAUUUCCGCAAACUAUUUCAUUCUAUACCUCAGUGUUUCCCAAACCAGUCCUCAAGACCCACCAACAGUCCAAGUAUUGUCAGUAUCUCCAGUGGAAUAAAACAGGGAAAUACAUAAAUCCUGGAUUGUUGGUGGGUCAUGAGGACUGGUUUGGGAACCACUGCUAUACUUUAUUAUUUCCCAAAUACAGACAGCUGCAUACUCCUGCAUAGGUUUCCAUUGUAAAUGAUGAUAAACAUGAUGUAAGGUAACUCCAUUUAUUUUUCCUUGGAGUCUUUCGCUGCACACUGAUGCAAUGCAAAUUAUACUUUGAGAAAUGAGGGGGUUAAACUCUGAACUUCUACCCAUUAUAAAAGCCCCUUUGUGUCCAUGCACCUAAAGGGCAUAAAAUUGGAUGUGUGGGAAGAGGUCUGGACAAGGCCCCCACCAUUGAAAAAUAUUCCAAAUUGCUGGGUGUUUUCAUCUUCAUACAUUAAACAGCCAUCUGUUUCUUGUAGCAAUAUGAAACACUGUAAUUUUGCUAAAACUGCUGAAUUAUAGUAAAUUCUCCUGUUCUGUGAAUGAGGGUGGUGUCCAAACUGAGAUGCCAUAACAGAAGUCAUCCAGGGGACAUUCUGUGGCUUCCUAAGUAUGAGGCACAGUGUUUAAUUACCAAUUGACCCCUUUCUUGUUGCCAGGAGUGUAAAGUAGCAUUCCUAACACCCCUACUCCCCUGCUCCCAUAUACUACCAGCGCAUUUCUCACCCAUUUCUGCCUACCCACUACACCAUUCGGGUAUUUGACAUGUUUUUCUGCCUGCUGCACCCAUGAAUACAGAACGUAUGCAGAGAAGAGGAAAAAUUAACACAUUUCUACUGAUCCUCUUGAUUAGCAGCGUUUGUCUUGGCUUUGCCUUGUAUCAAUUAGAUUAUCGAAAUUCAAAUAGUGAUAUUUAGGCAAAUAUUUCUGUUUUGGAAAGUUUGCAAAUCACCCUGAUUAUUUUCAAUUAAUUAUUUCCAUUCCUAUUUUAAUUUGCUACAGUUCAAAGUUUUGUUAAUAAAACUCAAAAUUCACCACCAGGGAGGUGCAGGUAUGUGAAGUAUAGAGUAGCAGGACCAGGAAAGCCUUCUUCUUGUGAUGCUGUUGGUUGAACUAAAUAAGCUCUAUCAAAAGAAAAAAAAUGCUCAUUUGUAUAAACCAAAAUACUUUACUCCAUAAAUUAAAAAAGACACUCACACAUUUAAUGAAAAUAUAUCUUUCGUAAUAUAAAAAUAGACAGUUCACCAGUCCUUUAACUGCUCCGUUCGCAGAGUGCUUGAUAUGGCAGCUCUCUUUUUCAUUUGGUGUCUUCUGCCACAAACUCAACAUCACAAUCAGUGACUUCCUCAGGAAGGGGGAUAAUCUAACAAGGAACACUUUAUAGUUUACCUAUAUCUUGCUAAUUACAUUAGAAAACACUGGCUUUUUCUUAACUCCACUCGUAAAUUACCAUACCACAUAAUUCUAUUGGUUGACACCUAGAGCUGGACUUGCAUUCCACCCUGAAAUGUACACUACAGUACCAUGCACAGAACGGCAACUGUACUGGGAUGUUGGUACGUGUGCUUCACGUUUGCAUGCAUGGCCAUAUUGUGUGUCUUUUUUUAUAUAUAUAAUUACAAUAACUAGCAGCUUUACUGUGUGUUCCAGGGUAGUACAGGGCCUUCUUAGGUUUUAGAAUUAUAUGGUAUCCUAAUUUAGGGAUGGAGCUAAGAAAAGGUCUGUGUUUUCAUUUUUUAAAUUUAACUAGGAAUAUAUAUACUGUACAGGGUGCCUGGUUUAUCUCUGCUUACAUCGUGAGAAAGUCACUGAAUAGGAUGAAACUUGUUGAGGUUGUGACAGAGGACGCCAGAUGAAAAAGACAGCUUUUAUAUCAAGCAUCUUGCAAGAAGAACAGCUGGUGAACUUCCUGUAUUUUGUGGGGUUUUUUGUUUGUUUUUAAUUUAUUGAUUAUGAAAAUAAUAUUAAAAGACCACUAUAGUGCCCUAAAGGGGGGCCCCCACCCUCAGGGUCCCACUCCCGCCGGGCUCUGGGGAGAGAAGGGGUUAAACACUUACCUUUCUCCAGCGCCAGGCGUGGAGCUUUCCUCCUCCUCUCCUUCUUCCUGAAACUGCUAUGUUUAUUAAAAAAAAGGUUAAUCCUAUUUGGACCUGGCACCCAGACCACCUCAUGAGGUGGUCUGGGUGCCUGGUCCAGCUAGGGUUAACCCAUUUUUUCAUAAACAUAGCAGUUUCAGAGAAACUGCUAUGUUUAUGAAUGGGUUAAGCCUUCCCCUAUUUCCUCUAGCGGCUGUCUCAUUGACAGCCGCUAGAGGCGCUUGCGUGCUUCUCACUGUGAUUUUCACAGUGAGAGCACGCCAGCGUCCAAAAGCAUUAUGAAUGCUUUCCUAUGUGACCAGCUGAAUGCGCGAGCAGCUCUUGCCGCACGUGCGCAUUCAGCCGACGGGGAGGAGAAGAGGAGGAUCGGAGGAGGAGAGCUCCCCGCCCGGCGCUGGAAAAAGGUAAGUUUUAACCCCUUUCCCCUUUCCAGCCCCGGGCGGGAGGGGGACCCUGAGGGUGGGGGCACCCUCAGGGCUCUAUAGUGCCAGGAAAACGAGUAUGUUUUCCUGGCACUAUAGUGGUCCUUUAACUUUUAAAUGUGAGGGUAUUUUAGCAUGUGUAAGUAUUUCUGUUUAUGCAGUUUUACACUUUGAGCAUUAUUUUCUCUAAUCCACAAAUCACAUCUCAAGAAGGAAACUUCCCUGGCUCCUGUCACUCUAUACUUCCCAUACCUGUGCCCCCCAUGUGCUGUAUUUUGGGGUUGCUUUUGGAUGUAGGAAAGAGGUGUGUCUUUUUGGGACUGCUGCAAACAGAGGAAGAAAUUGCUAAAAGUGGAAGCGUAUAAUUUUUUUUGUUAAUAAACCUGCCUGUGUUUUUUGUGCUCUACACAGCUGGAAAUCUAUCCAUCACUACACUAAGUAAAGCUUUAUGCAUUGCACAAUGACUUGACAGACAUGCUGGUUCUAACCUAUCUUACAGAUGUGUGUGUCUUUCUUAAUUUCAGAGCAUUGGUAUUUAUUGUACAUGGAGCCGGGGAGCACUGCUGCCGCUACGAUGAUUUAGCACAGUUACUGACUGGUUUGAAAUUCCUCGUCUUUUCCCAUGACCACGGUAAGUGGCUAUCUAUAAUGCCAAUAUCCCUGCUUGGAAAAAUCUAGUGGGUCUCUAGUACUGGAGUAGCCGAAAUGUUUGACCUCACAGCUAUUAUAAAACAACAUACUACGUAAUGCUCUCAGGCUGGGAAAGCAUUAUGUGAAUUGUAGUCCAGCAACAGCCUAGUUCUUCAACAGCUGGGGUUCUACGAUUUGGCUACCACUGCUCUCGUAGCAGAAGUUCAGCUAGCACCCGCAUAACCCUGCGAGAACUGAUGAUUUAAUCACUUUGAUUUUUAUUGUGGCUCAAAUUUAUGUUGCUAAGUAAGAUGUCGUCAGGUUUAUGUAACUAUGCAAUUUUGUUGGCAAGAGAGUUAUUUUCCCCCCUAUGUCUUUUACUGCAGCAUUGCAGUCUAGAAAUCUUUGCUUGUAAUCAAUCACAAUAAGUGCCUGCUAUUUUAAUAGCACUGGUAUUUUUUUUCUCCCUCUGCGAGACUUAAAUACAUACAGACAAAAUUAACCACAAUUUGGUAUUGCAUUUGUUGGGAUAUGUUUGAUAAGUGGCGUAACGUAUGCAUGAAGUUGUUAGGCUGUGGUUUGAUGUGUUUGGAAAGCCCAGAAUAUGUAAAUUUUUUAUAAAUGUGACUUGUAACUCCAAAGAAGUGUGAUUUAUAUAUCAACAUAUACUGCAUGAUUCAAAGGAAAUAUACAAAUGAUGUGUAGAGAUGUCGCGAACUGUCCGCCGAACUGUUCGCGAACUGUCCGCCGGCGAACAAUAGCGUGUUCGCGUUGGGCGAACAUAUCCGAUUUCUGGUCCGCCCCCUAUACGUCAUCAUUGAGUAAACUUUGACCCGGAACCUCACAGUCAGCAUUUAACACUGAUACCUUUUAAUCUCAGCAACCCUCAUACCAGCGUUCUGCACUGUUGCCGCGGGGCAUUCUGGUGCUGUCAGUAGGGAGUAAGUGUAAAGUCAUGUAUACAGAAUCUGCAAAACAAAAAUCCGACUGGUUUUACGCUCCUUAGUAAGCAACUGGGUUUCAACUUCUGCUUUUAUUUAAGGCACAACAGUCAAAAGGAAAUGUCAGUGUCAUUCUAAGACAAGCAUGUCAAACUCAAAGGCCCAAAUAAACAAAGUUUAAGUCUAUGUGGGCCGCAAAAAUAGUUUAACCUAGACCAACACAAACUAAAAUUACUUGGGUACAUAUAUAUAUAAUUUGCUCAAAUGUUUCACUUCAAGUUACUUACUAUUCCCCACUAAUCUAAUACACAGCCUCCUGCAACCCCGCUCCUCUACUCUAAUAAUCUGCCCCCCAAUCUUAUACACUGCCAUGUCUCCCUCCACUAUAAGGUAAUACACUGCCCCCAUUCCUGCCACUUUAAUUUAAUACACUGCCUCCCCUCCCUUCCCCUAAUUGAAUACACUGCCCCCUCCACUCUAAUACACUGCCCCUCCAUCCACUCUAAUACACUGCCUCCUCCCUCUCACCACUCUAAUACACUGCCCUCUACCCCAAUUUAAUACACUGCCCUCCUCUUAAGUUAACACACUGCCCCCUCCCACCUCCUUAGCCACCUAAUUUAAUAAACUACGACCUCACUCUAAUGCACUGCUCCACCUCCCUCCCCCCAAUUUAAUACACUGCCCCCCAAAUUGAAAACACUACAGGAAGGUUCCCCCAAGCACCUUUUCCCCUAUCUUAAGCCAUCUUUCUGUCCAGCCCUGCAUGAUCUUCUCUUCUCAAGCAGACCACAUGCUCCUCUGGCACUGCGAGCAGCAGGGAAGGGGGAGUGGCUGACCUGCUCUGCAUGCAGCCAGCCUCUCUGCGCACUGUAGCACCGCCACUGAAAUUAACUCCAUAUGAUGGAGCAGGGCAGGUGGCCUACCGGGAAAUUUCACGGUAUCCGGUUAGGCCAGUCCGGCCCCGGGCUGCAAAGAUACCCAAAUGACAUGCUUGCUCUAAGAGGAGAUUUUCUAUAUGGGCAAUCAAGGCAUCACAUCUUCUUCAAAAUGUAAAAAUAUAACUAAAUUCUUCAUUUAGCAGGAACGCGGGGCAGCUUUUUAAACAUAUAAUCCACAAGGUAGUGUGAAAGACAUGUUUUCCCAGGUGGCAACACUGCAUGAGGAUUAGAUUCUCACAUCAUUUUGACAAUGUUUAUGUGACAGAAGGUGAGAUUACAAUUAGUUUGCUCAUGCUACCUAUUUAGCUUGCUAUGCCAGUUCCUUAAAGGGACACACCGAACUAGCUUUUCCACGCUUUGUAAUGCAUUAUAUGUAGAAAUAGUGUAAUGUGCUAUAGUGUAAUCUUUGGGUCCGUGCUAUUCUCAAUUGACACCCUGUUCCACCAGGAAAUCAAUGACAUCUCAAAGUAAAUGCUAGUCUUCCAAAACCAACAGCAUACUUUGAGUUAACAGGUCAUGUGCAUUGGUAAGUAGCGUGUUUGCUCAAGAAAUCUUUAUUAAAAGUGACUGGCAAUAGUGCGCACAAUCUUCUCAUUCAAUGGCGUCUUAUAAAUAAAAUAAACACCUGUUAGUGCUACAUAAACAAACUAUAGGUACACUGUACACCUACUUCACUUUCUAUACUUCUCAAUAAUGUGAUAUAUAAAGUGAUAUAUAAGUAAACUAUCCAUAUAGUGUAUAUCUGCUACACUUACUGUACCUCGCUCUAUUGGAAUGUAAUGUAUAAAGUGCAAAGUACACCUUAGUUAGUGCCAUGCAAAUGAAAUAUACAUACACGGUAUACUUACUGUACCUCCCGCUACAGUAACAUAACCUGUAUAGCAUUAAGUAUACCUGUUAUGACUAUAUAAAUUAAAAAUGUAUACAGUAUAUACCUACUGUAAAGUACCCAGUACACCUGUUAGCUCAAUACAAAUAAAAUAUACAUACACUGUAUAACUACUACACUUACUGUAGCUCUCUAUACUUUAACAUUGCCUCUAAAGUGCUCAGUACACCUAUUACUGCUAUAUGAAUCAAGUAUAUAUAAAUGGGCUACAUACCUAGGGCACCUGUUAGUUCUGUAUUAAUAUGCAUAUUGAUAGCACCGAAGGACAAUUAUAUUUCCUUAACAAAUAUACUGUGCCUAUUCAAAUAUACUAUUUAUCAGCCUUUUCUGGAUUCACAUGCUGUGUCAGAAUUACUCUAUUUAACAGGAAUAUAUGUAAUUGGAUAUUAAGACAUCCUGAAAGCUCUCUUCUGAGGGAAUUUUACAUAAACAGUUUUCAGAGAUACAUCCAUGUACACACAUAAUACAUACUUGCAUCAUUACAGCAUGUACACAGUAUACACACAUUAUUAUUAUUAUCGCCAUUUAUAUGAUUAUCACUGGACAUACCUACAAUGUGUUGCCCAGAUCUUGAGGGUGACUAAGAUGCUGAUGGCAUGUCAUACUCUCCUGCACAGGUGAGACACCCAACCUUACAUAUUUAGCCUAGGUGUGCUACAACUAGACAUGUGCAAUUCAUUUCACUCCGAAUGUUAAUUCGGAGGAAUUUCGGUAAUUCGGACAUUCAGAGACUUCUGAAUGUCUGAAUUGCCGAAGUUCCAAAUUGCCGAAGUUCUGAAAUUGCUGAAUUUCUGAAGUGUCGAAGUUGCUGAAGUUCCGAAGUGUCGAAGUGACGAAGUUCCGAAGCACAGUAUUGCCGAAGUACUACUAUACCUACCCAGUGGAAGAAUGAAGAAUGUUACACUGUAUACAAGUUUAAAUAAAAAGUAUACAAACGUAGCCAGGAUUUAGCUGUAAGCAUUUGCAACACUUACAACAAUCAAGUAACACACAUUCAUAUAAAAUGUAAGUUACUUAGCCAGUCAAUAGAAUGACAGGAAUGAAUAAGUAGAUAACUCCCUAAUUCCCACGGUAUUAGGGAGCUAUCUACCAAAAGGCUGAAAGACCUAAAUUGGUCUUUCAGCCAUAUUUACUAAUACCAAGUAAAGAUUACUUAGUAUUAGUAAAUUAUGCCGCUACUCGCUAUACCGCAAGUAGGGGGCAUGUCUAGUAAACAGUGAGCAGCCUGUAGGGCCCCCCAUUGAAGUAAUUUAGGGCCCCCACCCACUGCUCAGGUGUGGGGGCCGGGGGGAGGACAAUAGGUCCCCCCCUUAUUUUACUUUAGGGCCGCCACCCGCCACUCAAGGGUCCCCCGCCCGGUUUUCUGAUAUAGGGCCCCCACCCGCCGCUCAGUGGUGGGGGUCGGGGCAGGGCUAUAGGUCCCCCCUUCAGUUUAAAAGCCCCCACUCGCGCGGCAUGGGGGGACACACAGUUUUUAAAAAAAUGUUUUUUUGUUAUUUAACAGUGAGCAGCCACACGCUGCUCACUGUUUAAUAGACAUGCCCCUACGUUAUAGAGAGUAGGAGCACAAUUGACUAAUACUAAGUAAUUUUUACUUAGUAUUGGUAAAUUUGGCUGAAAGACCAAUUUAGGUUCUUUCAGCCUUUUGGUAGAUUACUCCCUAAUACCGUGGGAAUUAGGGAGUUAUCUACUAAGCGGCUGCAAGAAAAGUCCCGAAGUGCCAAAAUUCCGAAGUUCCGAAAUCCCUAACUGAACCGAAGUGCCUAAGUCCCGAAUUUCGGAAUGCCAAACCAAACCGAAUAUUUUCCCCAUGCACAUCCCUAGCUACAACUACAGCUAUUUUGGGAUAUUAAUUCAUAUAUAUAUUCAUAUAUAUUAAAUAUCUGCCCAUUUAUGCAGAGAAUCUGGCUAAUAAGCACUGUGAAUCUGCCCUUUCGUCCUAGGAAUCUGCUCAUUCACCUUAAAACAAUGAUAAUCUGUCCAUUCACCCUGAGAAGCUUUUUGGAAUUAUAUCUUGAAAUAAGAACCACGGCCAAGCUUUGCAGUUUAUGAUGUGUUUUGUAAACAAUACUAUUUACAAAGUAUUCUAUAUAUAGAUAGGAUUAUGUUUUGUGCACUUUUCUAUCUCUUUUUUUCCUUAAUCUAAAAGUAAAAAUAAGUGCUAUUUCUUUCUCUCCCUCCUUCUCUAUUUAUAUAAAUAUAUUUGAUAAUAAUGGAUCUAUUCAUCUUUACUCCGUGCAUUGCAGAAUUUAAAUUACACACAAUCAUCUUAUGUUUAAGAUGUUUCCAGUAACCCUUUAAAUUCUAGACUGGUGAACCAUGCAUUGCUCAAAUUCCAUAACCCCCACGACCAACAAUGGUUAACUCUUUCUCCAAUCAAGAAGUCAUCCGAUGCUGGGUAGAAAGAGCUAAACCUUUGCCGAUCAACAGGGUUUAAAACCAGAUUCCCUGAUAUUAGUGCCCAGCAUUAUACUGUAGGCCCCUACUGUUUUCACCAAAGCAUCUAGCAAGGAAAGGGUUACCCUUCUGCCCCCUAUCCGCGUUUCUUGAAAUUGCUUCUAUAUUUGUACCAACAAGCGAGCACUCUGCAUACUAAUGAGUUGAUUGCUGCUUUCUUUCCCGCUGGGGAGCAACGAAAGGAGAAUGUUUGACCUGAAUGCCACCAUUACACCUCACAGAGGCGAGGGGAGAGCUGUCCUGCGUUUUUUGUGUGUGUGUGUGUGUGUGUGUGUCCCUACUGACUUAUUUCUCAGAUUUUAGUAUAGUCACUUUACAAUUAAAUAAUGAUUGCUUUGGAAUCUUGCCCAAAAUGUAAAAGUAAACGAGAGAAAUACUAUUCAAGGCUUUUCUGCAGCAUUUUAACACAAUGGAAAAUAACAAAGAGAUCGAAGAAAGAACCCAUUCUCUCUGCAACACCUGACAUCUUCAGUGGUAACAAUGAUCUUAUUAACAUCUCUUCGGAAACAGUCCUUCAGUUCAUUAUUUGAUCUUUAGGGAAAAAAGAGACACUAAUAGAUUUACCAGAUCCACGCAUAUCAUGUCUUCAUACUAAUGGGCAGUAUAUAGCUGCUGCCCACCAGUAUGUAGAAUUGACACGUUACAAGCAGGAAAUGAAUUCAUUACUCAAGAUGGAAUCCCAGAAGAACUGCCUUAGUUCAUAUGUGUCCAGAAAAAACAUGGUGGAUCUGACAAGACUGGAUACUUCAGAGAGAAUAUAGCAUUUUUAGUCAUAAUGGGUAAUCUCUUUCGGCUGUCAUCUUUCUAUUUACCCCUUGUAUUUCUAAGAAGCUCUGGAUGCUGACAUGUUCUCAUACCAAUAUAUGUAGAUGAGUUCGUCCAAGUGAAUGUAAGGCCCAAUGGAUUGCAUUGGGGAAAGUGAUUUUAUCAUAUGCCGGUGCAUAGCUUUACAUUGUCACAUGGCUACAUUCUUGCAUAGCUUGAAAAAAAAGGCUCAGUGCUUUUCUUAACUUUUCACACAUCCUGUGUCUGCUAUUGAUCCAAAGAAAGGUGAAAUCCUCAUCCUGAAGCUUACAUAGAAAUGUGUUGCUUUGCUUAGUGGUGAUGUAUUAGGUUCUCUUAAAGAGACACUAGGCAUUAGGUUAACCAUUUUGAAAAAAAACAUUUUACAAAUUUAGCAUUAAAGGAACACAAUAGCGCUGGUCUUGCCGCAGCUUGCCCCGCCUCCAUGGCCAAGAUCAUCAAUCUUGACCACCUCAGCUCAUCCAAUGCUUUCCCGAAAGAAAGCAUUGAUAGGCUAUUGCGCAUGCAUGGCAAAAUGCAGCACUGCGCCAAUCAGCAUCUCCUCAUUGAAUCAAUGCAUCUUUGUGGGGAGCGUUCAGCAUCUCAUGCAGAAAGUGGAGACACUGAACAUAAAUGCUGCACACAUUGCCACACUAAAAUAGGAAGCAUCUCUAGUGGUUGUCUAAGUGACUGUCAUUAGAGGUAUUACUAGACAGCAAUGUAAACAGUGGCGUACAUACCAGGGUCGCAGGGGUCGCGGCUGCGACUGGGCCCGGCCCACCAGGGGGCCUGGCCGCCCUGCGACCUGGUAUGCACGCCAGUGGCAGUGUGACCACAUUUUGCCGGCGCCUGCUGGGCGCACGCGCGAGGGAGGGAGCACUCUCCCCUGAGUGCUCUCUGCCUAGCUCCCUCGCGCUGCUUACUGAUGCUGGAGCCAGAAUAUGAUUUCAUAUUCUGGCUCCGGCAUCAUUAAACAGCGCGAGGGAGCUGGGUAGAGAGCACUCAGGGGAGAGUGCUCCCUCGCGCGCGCCCAGCAGCCCGGCCGGCAGCCCAGCAGGACCCCACUGGACCCCAGGGACAGCAGGACCCCAGGGACAGCAGGACCCCUCUGGACCACAGGGACAGCAGGACACCACUGUACCCAAGGGACAGCAGGACCCCACUGGACCCUAGGGACAGCAGGAAUCCCCACAGCACUGCCAAAGGUAGGGAGGCUGGGGGAUUAAAUAAAAUUAAAAAAAAUAUGUGAGCGUGUAUGUGUGUGUGUUACUCUGUGUGUGUGUGUGUGUGUGUUUAGAAUGUGUUACUGUGUGUGUUAGUUUGUGUGUGUCUGCUAGUGAGCGUCAGUAAGUGUGUUAGAGAGUGUUACUGUGUGUGUGUCACUGAGUGUGUUUGUGUGUCUGUUAUUGAGUGUGUGUCUGCUAGUGAGUGUCAGUGUGUGUCAGUGAGUGUGUGUGUUACUGUGUGUGUCUGUUAGUGUGUGUCUGUUAGUGAAUGUCUGUUAGUGAGUGUGUGUUUGUCAGUGAGAGUGUGUUUUGUAAGUGAGUGUGUAUGUGUGUCUAUCACUGAGUGUGUGUCUGUCAGUAAAUGUGUGUGUCUGUUAGCUAGUGUGUAUGCGUCUGUUCGUGAGAGUGUGUGUGUGUAGUUAAAACCCCUUCAGCACUUACCUUUUUCCAGCGCCGGGCUCCCUUGGCACUGGGGAUCUCUCCGCCCCGAUCCGCCUCUCAGCUCCGAAUGCGCAUGCACGCAUUCAAACCGCCCAUAGGAAAGCAUUACUCAAUGCUUUCCUAUGGACUUCCAGCGGAAGCGCCUAUAGCGGCUGUCAGUGAGACAGCUACUAGAGGCUGGAUUAACCCUCAGUGAAACAUAACAGUUUCUCUGAAACUGCUAUGUUUUCAGCUGCAGGGUUAAAACUAGAGGGACCUGGCACCCAGACCACUUCAUUGAGCUGAAUUGAUCUGAGUGCCUAUAGUGGUCCUUUAAGUGUAUCUGCAUGCACUGGUGGCACACCAUGGUCACAAGGGUCGCAGCCCUGCAACCAGGUGCCCGCCGCCAUGAGUAGCGGCACCGGCCCGCGCAGACUAAGUGCGUGGGGGCCCACGGAUCAAUUUUCACACCGGGGCCCCAUGGAUCUUGUGUACGCCACUGAAUGUAAAUUCUGUCUUUUCUCUGAAAAGGCUGCAUUUUCAUUGCAGAGCCCGCAGGGGCAUGCUACAGGCACCAGAACAACUACAUUAAGCUGCAGUGGUUCUGGUGAUUAUGGUGUCCCUUUAAAGAAUUACUCUAACCACUGUGGCCAUUUCAUCUUACUAAAAUGGUUUUGGUGCAAAGACCAUGAUUGUGCAACCUUUCUUUUUAAAAUUCUUAAUAAAUACCUUUUUGUUUGUGUAUAUAGGGCUGUCUCUGUAUGGCUGGAAAUAUCAGUUUUUCUCAAGUAUUUUUCUCAAUGAGGGGUCAGUGAUAGGCUGAGAGGGUAAGCUGAUGCUUUCACCCAGUAAAAGACUUCCUGUUACCAGCUGAGGUGGCAGAGUGGCAAUCUGUCUUCACUGAGAUUAAGUUGUUAUGGUGUCUGAAGUGUUCAUUUAACUAAUUCUGCCAGGAUUUGCCCAGCAUUAAUUUAGAAUACAAGUGAGUAAAUUAUAAAAUGGUCACCAGAUCACCGUUUAAAGUUCAUGACCAAAGGCACUUGAAAUGAUUGCUAUGGAGGUCUGUGAUAAACUCACACACUGCACAUUACUAUGAGUGUUCUUCCUGUGGAACUUUGUGAUACACUUAUACACACUGUACAUUACUGUGAGUGUAUUGCCGUGGAACUGUAGAAUACACUUAUACACAUUGCACAGUACCAUGCGUUUUAUUGUUACUACAUCCUGUGAUUCAGUCACACACAAUAUACAAAGUGGGUUUUAUUGCUGUGAAGCUGCUGCGGAACUGCGUGAUCAGCUCAAACAAACUGUCAGUACUGUGAGUUUUAUUGGUGUGCAGUUCUUUGAUUAUCUCAUUCAAACCACAUAUUACUUUGAGUUAUAUUGCUGUGGAGCUCUGCGAUACGUACAAGCAGUCUCAAUUUCUGGAAAAGAAGGAUGUUAGGGUUGAAAAGAAGAACAGAUGGGUUUUGAUCCCGUACAGAGUAAGACCCUUCUGAAAUAUUUUUUGAAUCUUUAUCUCCAAUUCAGACAGUCAUUUUAUGUUUUACUAUUUGUCUAAUUAACAUUUUAUCAGCAAUUUCAUCUUGAACUGUCUCUUGGUAAUGGAAUUAAGCACUGCUGCUCUGUAACAGUUGUCUGUUUAUUCUUGGCAGAUUUUGCAUGGUUUCACUAUUCCUUUUCCAUAACAGGUGUUUUCAGUUAGGUCUAAAAAUACAAACUGCACUUUGUGAAGCAGAAUCAUUGACUUUGAAAACAUCCACAUUCAUUUACAUAUUCACGUGCUUUUUUUUGUACCAGUGCUACUUUGCAAACCCCAGGUAUUGGGAAAACUAUGCAGAAAUAACCAGGCAGAUGGUUUCCUGCUCUGUGGAUUGGCCAUACACACCAUGAUUGCACCUUGUGUCUAUCUGGCUUUAUAUAUGCACCAGGGAACACAGAGUGAAAUAUAUCUCAUCCUCCAGUAGAGAAAAUCCUUCAUCUGGCAUCAUGUUUGUAUUUACUAAAUUCACACACUGCUUGGCAGAGCUGCCACAGAUCCCAGCAGCAUGCCAGGAGUAGACAUGCCAGGGGUAAACAUGCCAGUUUGCCUGCAUGAAAAGGAGGACAGAUUUGGUCUAGCCAUUAGAUGGAGUAAAUUUAACCACUUCCUGCCUGGGAUGAUAUCUUGAUUUUUUUUGUUACAUAGUUACAUAGUUACAUAGCUGAAAAGAGACUUGAGUCCAUCAAGUUCAGCCUUCCUCACAUUUGUUUUUUGCUGUUGAUCCAAAAGAAGGCAAAAAAAACAGUUUGAAGCACAAUUUUGCAACAAGCUAGGAAACAAAUUCCUUCUUGACCCCAGAAUGGCAGUCAGAUUUAUCCUUGGAUCAAGCAGUUAUUACCCUACAUUGAAAAAUUAUGUCCUUGAAUAUUCUGUUUUUGCAAGUAUGCAUCUAGUAGCUGUUUGCACAUCUGUAUGGACUCUGAUAAAACCACUUCUUCAGGCAAAUAAUUCCACAUCCUUAUUGUUCUUACAGUAAAAAAACCUUUCCUUUGCCUUAGACGAAAUCUUCUUUCUUCCAGUCUAAACGCAUGGCCUCGUGUCCUAUGUAAAGUCCGGUUUGUGAAUAGAUUUUCACACAAUGGUUUGUAUUGGCCCCGAAUAUAUUUGUAUAAUGUUAUCAUAUCCCCUCUCAGGCGAUGUUUUUCUAAACUAAAUAGGUUAAAAUUUGUUAACCUUUCUUCAUAGCUGAUAUGUUCCAUUCCUUUUAUUAAUUUUGUAGCCCGCCUUCUUUAGAACAGGUGACUAAAAUUGCACAGCAUAUUCAAUAUGUGGUCUUACCAGUGAUUUAUAAAGAGGCAAAAUGAUAUUCUCAUCCCGAGAAUAAAUGCCCUUUUUCAUGCAUGACAAUACCUUACUGGCCUUGGCCACUGCGGAUUGACAUUGCACAUUGUUGCAUAGUUUGUUGUCUAUAACAAUUCCCAAGUCCUUUUAAUGUGUUGUUAUCCCUAAUUCGCUUCCAUUAAGGGUAUACGUUGCUUGUGUAUUCUUUCUGUCGUAUUCUUUAAGUGCAUAACUUUGCAUUUUUCAACAUUAUAUUUCAUCUGCCAUUUGAGUGCCCAGUCCCCCAGUCUAUCUAAAUCCCUCUGCAGCAAAGUAAUAUCUUGCUCACAUUGUAAUAUUUUACAAAGUUUUGUGUCAUCUACAAACACUGAAACAUGACUUUCAAUGCUGUCUUCAAGAUCAUUUAUAAACAUGUUAAAUAGAAGGGGUCCCAGAAAAGACCCCUGAGGGACACCACUUGCCACCUCUGUCCAGCUUGAAAAUUUACCAUUAAUGACAACUCUUUGUACUCUGUUUUUAAGACAAUGUUCUACCCAAGAACAAGCAUUUUCAUCUAGACCGAUUUCCUUGAGUUUGAACACUAAUCUAUUGUGUGGAACUGUAUCUAAUGCCUUGGCAAAAUCCAAAUAGAUCACAUCCACUCCAACACGCUGAUCUAUACUUCUACUUACUUCUUUGUAGAACGCAAUCAAGUUAGUUUGAUAUGACCUGUGCUUCAUAAAACCGUACUGAUUUUUGCUGAUAACCAUGUUCUUCUCAAGGAAUUCUUGAAUAUUAUCCCUUAAUAACCUUUCAAAUAUUUUCCCAGCCACAGAAGUUAAGCUCACAGGUCUAUAAUUUCCAGGCAAUGAUUUUGAACCCUUUUUGAAUAUAGGAACCACAUCUGCCUUCCUCCAAUCCUCCAGAACACUUCCUGAAAGAAAAGAAUCUUGAAAGAUUAAAAACAGAUGUUCACUUAUUUCUACACUUAGUUCCUUAAGUACUCGUGGAUGGAUACCGUCAGGCCCUGUAGCUUUGUUUUUUAUUAACUUUCUUUAGUUGCUGCAGCACCUUGUCUUGAGUUAGCCAAUUACAAUUAUUCUGCAAGUUUUUAGUAGCAAUCAUUUGCACAUCUAUGGCCAUGGGUUCUUCCUUAAUAUAUAUGUAGGAGAAAUAGAUAUUUAAAAUUCCUGCUUUUUCCUGGUCUUCAUUAACUAACACCCCCAUUUGAGUUUUUAGUGUACCUACACUUUAAUUUUUGGGUUUUUUAGAAUUUAUGUACUUAAAAAAUGCUUUGGGGUUGGUUUUGCUCUUUUUAGCUAUCAUUUUUUCAUUUUGAACUUUAGCAAAUCUAAUUGCCUUUAUGCACGCAUUAUUUGCUUCCUUAUAUCUUUUAUGAGAUGCAUCUGAUUUGUCCGAUUUAAAAGCUUUUAAUGCCCUUUUCUUAUUUUUAAUCUCUUGUUUUACUUCUCUACUAUACUGAGAAAUGUACCUUUCUAAUAUUUGUUGGAAGAUGAUCCAUUUAUCCUCAGUGUUCUUUUCACUAAAGAGUUUAUGCCAGUCAAUAUAUUGUAAUUUGUUGAAAUUGGCCUUUUAAAAAUUAUAUGUUUUAGUAUACCCCAUGUGCUUUUGUUUUUUUGAGUUUAUUUCAAAGGACACUAUAUUGUGAUCACUAUUUCCCAAGUGCUCACCUACUUGAAUGUUGGUCAAAAGAUCAACGUUGUUUGUUAAAGGAACACUAUAGCGUUAUGUAUAUAAUUAUUACUCAAUCUCCUUAUUAGAAUACAACCAGUAAAUACAGGAACUUUGUAUGCAGUAUGUAUGCAAGGCCACUCUCAAAGGGAAAUCGGCAAACGAACUGGAUACUCAAGAUGUGGUAUUCAAGCUGUUUUCAAGAAAUUUGAAGAAUCAAGAGAGGUCAUGGACAAAAAAAGGACUGGAAGGCCAAGAAAACAUUCAAAAACUGAUGAGAAGUGUCUUUGUAUUUCUUCCUUGAGAGACCGGAAGAAGUCCAGCAAGGAUCUGGCUCAGCAUCUGGCAGCUUCAUCGGGAUGCUAAGUUGACCAUUCUAUGGUCCGUAGAAGCAUAGGCGUGCGCAGCCUAUUGCAUUAGAGUGUGCACCCUAAAGCACAAGCACACGCCGCAUAUAUAUAUGUAUGUAUGUAUGUAUAUAUAUAUAUAUAUAUAUAUAUACAUACACAUAUAUACACACAUACACACAUUGCUGUGUGUGUGUGUGAGGGUGCUGUUAGUGUGAUAUGUGUGUGACGGUGCUGGUAGUGUGCUAUGUGGGUGAGGGUGUUUGUGUGUGCGUGCUUGUGAGGAUGCUGUUAAUGUACUGUGUGUGAGGGUGCUGUUUGUGUGUGUGUGCGCUUGUGAGGGUGCAGUUUGCGUGUGAGGGUACUGGUAGUGUGCUGUGUGUGUGUUUGUUAAUGUCCUGUUUGUGUUUGUGAGGGUACUGUUAGUGUGCUGUGUGUGUGUGAGGGUGCUGUUUGUGUGCUGUGUGUGAGGGUGCAGUGUGUGUUUUUGAGGGUGCUGUAUGUGUGUGUGGAUGCUGUAUGUGUGUUGGUGCUGUGUAUGUCUGUGGGUGCUGUGUAUGUCUGUGGGUGCUGUAUGUCUGUGGGUGCUGAAAGUGUGUGGGUGCUGUGUAUGUCUGUGGGUGCUGUAUGUGUGUGGGUGCUGUUUAUGUCUGUGGGUGCUGUUUAUGUUUAUGUCUUAUGUGUGGGUGCUGUAUGUCUGUGGUGCUGUUUAUGUUUAUGUCUUAUGUGUGGGUGCUGUAUGUCUGUGGGUGCUGUGUAUGGUGGGUGCUGUGUAUGUCUGUGGGUGCUGUAUGUCUGGGGUGCUGUGUAUGUCUGUGGGUGCUGUAUGUGUGUGGGUGCUGUGUAUGGGUGCUGUGUGUGUGUGGGUGUGUAUGUCUGUGGGUGCUGAAUGUAUGGGUCUGUGGGUGCUGUGGGUGCUGUAUGUGUGUGGGUUCUGUGUGUGUCUGUGGGUGCUGUGUAUGGGUGCGUGCUGUGUAUGUCUGUGGGUGCUGUGUAUGUUUGUGGGUGCUGAAUGUGUGUGGGUGCUGAAUGUCUGUGGGUGCUGUAUGUCUGUGGGUGCUGUGUAUGUCUGUGGGUGCUGGAUGUCUGUGGGUGCUGAUGUCUGUGGGUGCUGUGUAUGUCUGUGGGUGCUGUAUGUCUGUGGGUGCUGAUGUCUGUGGGUGCUGUAUGUCUGUGGGUGCUGUAUGUCUGUGGGUGCUGUGUAUGUCUGUGGGUGCUGUGUAUGUCUGUGGGUGCUGUAUGUCUGUGGGUGCUGUAUGUGUGUGGGUGCUGUAUGUGUGCUGUAUGUGUGGGUGUGUGUGCUGUAUGUGUGGUGUGUGUGAUUGUGGGGGUGGAGGUGGAUUACUUGCUAUCCCCCCUCCCUUCUUACCUUUUGUAGGGAGGGGGGAUAGUGCUGCUGCUUUCCCUGGUGGUCCAGUGGAGAGUGAACUCUAGCCCCUGUGGGGCUAGAGUUCACUCUCGCGAGAUUUGAGCGUUGCCGUGGCAACGCUCAUAUCUCGCGAGAGGAACCCGGCGGAGCUGCCGGCAAUAGCUCCGCCGGUCCUCUCCUGCCUCCCUCCCUGCAUGUGGGUCAGUGGGGAGGGAGGCUGAGAGCAGAGCCGGCGCUCGGAUAGCGCCGGCUCUGCAUGAGCCGACAGGGGAGAUCCUGAGAUCUCCCCUGCCGGUCUCAAUAUGCAAAGGCGUGCGCGGGGAUUAGGGUGUGCCCGGGCACACCCGGCACACCCCGUGCGCACGCCUAUGUGUAGAAGCUUGAUGGUGUAAAAUGUGGUGAAAAAGUGGUCUUUCCGUAAAGACCAUGCCUGAUCAAACUUAUUUGGGUUGUAGAAGGGUCAACUACAAAUCUAAUGGUGGCCUAAGACUUUUGCACAGUAUUGUAUAAACAUGUAUUCCAAAUGCUCUAACAUUCUCCUCAUUAGUUAGAUGCAGUCUCCCUCCCCCCCAAUAAAAUUAAAAUAUAGUAAAGAUAAGUUUGUACUUACCUUUUUUCCAGCACUGAGACUGCCACCCACCUCUCUUUCUGCGACUCCACCCUUGAGGCAUCACUUUAUGAAUUCUUGUCCAAUUCAAUGCUUCUCAAAGAAAAGCAUUGCGGGCAAGGGGCAUGGUAAGCACCAUGCUUGUCCAGUCAAAUAUUUCUCAUACAUAGGGAAGUAUUAAGUCCAAUGCUUCUCUAUGGUAAAUAUUUAAUGAUGCGAACAUCACAGAGUCCAUGAGUUUUAUUCGGUCCUUACUGUGGUGGAGCAUCUAGUGGCAGUCUGGAAAAUGUUAAUCCUGCAAUGGAAACAUUGCAGUUUCAGUAAAACGGCACCCAGACCACUUCAUUGAGAUGAGGUGCCUUUAGCGGUCCUUUAAAUAUGGGUUUUUAUUAUAUAUCCACUCAAUGGACUUUGCUUGUCUGCUCACAAGCCUCUGAUCUCUGGCCCUAGUUUACUCUAUAAGGUUCAGUGAUGCUGGUUUUGUAUUUCUUCCUAUUUCUUUUUCCUUUCACAUGCGUUGCUUUGCAGUUACUGCAGACUCUGAUUUCCUGUUCCUCUGUGGCUAACCGGGAGAUGAAGGGUGAUGUUUAAAUUUUCAGCAUUCUCUGAAAUUUAACAACUUUUUAGAAGAAAACCCUAACUGUGAACAUGAUGUCUGGAAUGGCAUAUGUUGCAAAGCGGGCUUUUAAUUUUCAUAUAACUGUUUAUCAUCUACUGUGAUUUGAAUAUUUAUCCCCAACAUAAAAAUGCAAAAAAUAGUCAUUUGACAUUUAUUCACUCUUUAUUCAGCCUUGUGGGGUGUUCCCCGUAUGCAGUGGUUAGUACCUCCCAAAAGUUGUACAAAGAAGGACAAUCUGUGAAAAGAUGUCAGAGUCAUGGUUGCCCAAGUCACAUUGUUAAAUGCAGGGAGCAUAGGCUAGCCCGUCUCAUCUGUUCACACAGAAGAGCUACUGUAGCUCAAAUUGCUGAAACAACGUAAUGAUGGCCACGAUAGAAAGGUGUCAGAACACACAGUGCAUCACAAUUUCACAAUUCGCUGUGUAGCUGCAGACCAAUCAGAAAGCCCGUGAUUACUCCUGUCCACCACCGAAAGCGCCUUCAGUGGAAAUAAGCACCAGAACUAGACCAUGGAGCAAUGGAAGAAAGUGGCCUGGUCUGAUUAAUCACGUUUUCUUUUAGAUCAGAUUGAUGGCUGGGUGCCAGUGAAUCAUUUACCUUUAAAAGACAUGACAGCUGGAUGUACUAUGAGAAGAAGACAGGCCAGCGGAGGCAGUAUUACUUGGACAGGUUCCACCUAUUUAGAGAUUGUUGCAGACCAUGUAAACUCCCUCAUGGCAUUGGUGUUUCCUGAUGGUAGUCGCUUCUUUCAGCAGGAUAAUGUACCUUGCCACACUGCAGAAAUUGUUCAGCAAUGAUUUGAGGAAUAUGACAGAGAGUUCAAAGUGUUGUCUUAGCUUCUAAAUUCCCCAUAUAUUAAUCCAUGGGACGUGCUGUAACAACAAAUCUGAUCCAUGGAGGCCCCACCAUGCAACUUGCAGAAGGUAAAGGACCUGUUGCUAUUAUCUUGGUGUUAGAUACAACAGGACACAUUCAAAGUCUUGUGGUGUCCAUGCCUGGAUGCAUUGGAGCUGUUUUGACAGCACAAUGGGGACCUAAGCGUUAUUAGGCAAGUUGUUUUAUAUUGUGGCUGAUCAAAUAGGCUAUUUUAGCCUCAAUGAAAUAGUAUGCAUGUUGGAUACGCUUUUUAAAUGAUUUAAUAUUAUAAAAAAAUAUUAAAUUUUUUAUUAUAAUAUUGUAUAUAUAUUCUUUUUAUAUAUAUGAUAUAUUUGAAAAUGUUAAAACCAGUAACAGACACCUUUGUAUACACAAAUAUGAUGAUCGCAUUGGAACUUCCCUGCCACAAACAAUUGACACACAAGAACAGCUUCAGCAGUGGCGGAACUACCGCGGUUGCACGGGUUGCAGCUGUGACCGGGCCCGUCACUCCAGGGGGCCUGGCUGCCCUGUGGACCCCUGCGACAGCGGUGUCCGCUGGUUAAGUACAACGGCCCCGGCCCGCGCGGUAUUACCGCCAGGGCCACAUUGAAGUGGCCCAUCGGGUGGCUCAUGCUGUUAGGGCCACCCGAUGGCAAUGUAUUCCCAGGGUGCCCGGUCAGCACUGCGGGGCUUAGCAGUGCAACCGGACAUGACAUCAGUGCUGGGAGAAAGUGACAGUCCUGGUCACUUCAUCCCAGCAAUCACAGAGAGACGCGCGGGAGGAAGGAGUCAGAGUGGGUACUCUGACUCCCAUCUGGCCGAGCCACUGGAGCCCAGGGAAAGUCACCCUCCUGCAACUAAAAGGUUGGAAACAGGAGGGUGACUAAAACAUUUUGUAGGUGUGUCUGUUUGUAUGUGUCUGUGUAUGUGUUUGUUUGUAUGUAUGUGUGUGUGUUUGUAUGUAUGUGUCAGUAUGUAUGUGUGUAUGUCUCUGUGUGUCGGUAUGUAUGUGUUCCUGUGUGUGUAUGUAUGUAUGUGUUUGUAUAAAUGUGUUUCUGUAUGUAUGUGUGUCUAUAUGUAUGUCUGUCUAUUCGUCUGUAUGUAUGUAUGUUCGUUUAUAUGUAUGUGUGUGUGUGUAAGUCUGUCUGUAUGUAUGUAUGUUUGUGGGGGGAACGAGGGGGAGGGUAGACGUGGCACCGGAGUCCCGUGGUUUCUAGUUACGUCUCUGGGUUUCCGGGUGGGAAAGUACCCAAGUAUGCAAUCUCUUUUGUGUUCUUAAUACCUAAAUCCUUCUCUACAUCAAGAUUUCAUCCACACAUUGACCUCCCUGAUCUCAUGCGGCUGUCUUAUUAGGUGUCAUAGGUGGUAUCUCUUGGCAUUCUAAUUUCUUCCAGUUCUCACUCACUUUUUCUUUGGUAUUAAUAUUUACCAAGACCCCUGGAUCAGCCUCUCACAAUAAUUACCCAAUAUAAUAUUUUUGGAUAAGCUUUUCAAAGAAUGUAAUAUUUUUGGAAAACUUUUAAAAUUAUUUUUACAAAAUGUAAAUUUUUAGAAAAUAUACCAUAUACCAUAUAUAUAAAAUAUCAAUAUAUAAAAAUAUUUAAUCAUUUUAACAGUUUAACCAAAAAUAUUAAAUUAUUUGUUAUUGUUAUUCAACAAUAUUAAAUCAAGGCCCAUGUGUCAUCACUAAUGAUAACAUAUCCGACACAUGUACCCAGAAAAAAAAAACAGUUCAGAUGAUAAUGUGUUCAUUCUGGAAAAUCACUUUUCAGGUGUGACAUGGAAUGGCAUAUCACUGGUUAAAUACGCCUUGGGUAGAGGGGGUGGAACGGAAAAAAUUUCAGGUCGGUUUCCAUAAACAGCUGCCGUGUAAUUAAUGCAAAGUAUCUCCUGCAGCAGAUGGAUCUUUAAUUUUAACUUUUUUUUUAAUAUAAUCCAUCAACAGAAAAUUAAUUGCAAAGUGUACGAGUCUCAGCGAUGUUAAUAUGACAGAGGUAAAGAUUUAGAAUUGUUACAUACGGUAGAUUAGUACUGGAGCAAGUGGAACCAUUUCAUGAUUACAUAUUUGCUAUUUCACAGUAAUAGAUGGGGUUUUUGUGUUUUUUUUAAACAUUUAUAAAACUGCGCAUUUGAGUAGUUGCAGAUUAUAUAACUCAUCCUUUGAUCUGGUUUGACGUAUUUACCUUUUAUACUAUGAUUGAUUUUUCCUAAAACAUAUACUUUUACAAGGAUCCGGAGUGGGGUAUGUCUAGCUCAGGGUUAUGGAUGAAUUCUUUGCUCAAUAUAUCUAUACCUUGCCAGUUUUUAUUAGAGGCUACAUAUUUGGAGUUCCUGAAUUUGCUACAGUCCCUUUCCUUUGCAGCUUCUAUAGUGAGCUCUAGAGUGAGCUCCCCAGCUCACAUAUCUUUAUACAGUACUACUAAGCUUAUAUCAUAGGCUGUGUACUCUCCUUACAUUUACAGUCUACAAUUUUCCUACACGUCUUCAUUCAUUUGUUUAACUAGAUACAAGCUAUAUGCCUGGAGAUCUCGCUUUUCAACAUGUUCUUAAUCUUGUAAGAUGCCUUCUAUGGACUGUAAGCCCACUGGGGGAGAACCAUGUUCACUAUCUAUUCCUGUUAUCACGUUUGUCUCUUUUUUGCCCUAUUGCAAAAUCUUCUUCUACAGACCUCAGCUGUUUGGUGCAAUAGGUUAAAGGGACACUCCAGGCACCCAGACCACUUCUGCCCAUUGAAGUGGUCUGGGUGCCAGCUCCCAUCACCCUUAACCCUGCAAGUGUAAUUAUUACAGUUUUUAUAAACUGCAAUAAUUACCUUGCAGGAUUAAGUCCUCCUCUAGUGGCUGCCUAUCAGACAGCCUCCUAGAGUGGCUGCCUAUCAGACAGCCACUAGAGGGACUUCCCGGUUCUUAAAACACAAAAGUGUUUUAAAUGACGCUGGACUCGUCACUGCAAACUCCACAGGAAAGCAUUGAAUGAUGCUUUUUUUCUAUGGCGAGGUCUAAUGCAUGCGCGGCCAUUGCCACGCAUGCGCAUUAGGUCUCCCCCGCUGGAUGACGUCGGAGGGGGGGCGUGGGCGGAUCCUAACCCAGCACCGAGGGACAUCGGCACUAGAUUCCGGUAAGUCACUGAAGGGGUUUUAACCUUUUCAGCAACAUGGGAUAGGGGGUGGACGGGAGGGGGACACUGAAAACAGAUUUGUUUUCCUGGCACUGGAGAGUCCCUUUAAGUGGUGGGUUAGUGGUAAAUCUUUUGGCAUUUCAAGUAUUCCCAUAUUUAUGGAUUACCCACAAUUCAGUGAGAGUAUGCAGGAACACAGGAGAAUCUUUCUGGCUUACUCAAGCCCCAUGAGUAACAAAAACAAAUCAGUUUUACUUCCAGUUUCAAAAAAGUUUUCAGUAAAAUUUGCAAUACAUAUGUUUUUACUUUUUAAUUUGUAACCUAGUCUCCAAACCAGUGUUGUGAUAUUAAUUUAACAAGUGCUAAUUUGUUGCAGAGUACAGAUAAUGUGGGUGUAAUAUAUUUCACUGCAUAUUUACAAUGACUUGUCAAAACUUUCAUAAAAAAAGAGCAGAAGUUGAUAGGCUGAUAGCAAAUUCUUGCUGUAAUAACUUUUUAUUUCAAAAUAUAGUAGACACAAGCGUAUUGUACAACAGACAGGUGUAGGUAAAAGGCAACCAAAAUAUCAUCAAACCAUUCAUGUUAUAUUACCUGCAAAAUUGCAAAUGAUAGUUAAUUAAAAGCAGACUGUCUUAUGUUUGACCAGCAACAAAUAUUUGGUCUUAUCAAGGUCAUAUCGCUUUCAUCUAUGUUUAUUUAUUUUUUACUUAGUCAUUUAGCGUUCUUUUAAAAUAAUUUUUCUAAAUAUAAGAACUAUUUUUUUUCCCGUCUUUUAUUUCUUUUAUUGUUUAAACAAAGCGGUUACAAAUGACAAUGUGGUCAACAAUUACAUUUUAAAUAUAAUACAGUACAUUUGCAUCGUGGUCACCUUCUAAGUCCCACAUAUAACGGUGUAGAACUGCUGUUGUGUAGGGGUAUGUAGGGGUGGCUGUACACUACAGUGUUUUGUUAAUUUGUAUAUUAUGGGCAGAGUUUCUUCAUAUCUAACAUUGGUAGAAGUGUGCCCUACUAGUGGCACAUAGCCACUCGUCCCAAAGACUAGUUGUGUUGUUUGCCUGUAAGGCGGUGGUUUUGUUGUGCUGGUCACUGAGUAUAAGAACUAUUUUUUAUUUGACAAUUUUUAUUGUUUUCCAAAUAUUCAUGGGGUGCAAAAAAGAAAGGGGAGUGGUUAAUGGGGAACAAUUGGCAUUGUAUUCAGGUACCAUACACGUGGGCUCCAACCCUGGAGGUCCAAGUAGGACAGAUGUAUUACUUAUCAGACAGCACAUUAUAUUCGUUUGCAAUUGCCUAUUCCCUCUACUCUUUGGGUUUAGACACUCCUCUUUGUUUGGGAGCUACAUUUAGUGGCCCCUCUCCUUGUUGGCUUUAUGAUGUGGUUCCAUCCUUGGUAAAUUAGAAUAGUGUGGCUUGGUUGUGUUUUUGGAUCAUUGUGUCUAUCUAGCCCUGUGUUUUUUAUAUACUCUUGUGUUUGGGUAGCUCGAGACCAUGCUUGUAGAGGGGACAUCUGUCCUUAUAGGUGUAGAGACCCCUGUGUUUUAACGCAAGUUGGUACAGUACAGAUAUAUCAUGGGUAGUGGACUCACCGGAGGGGGGGAGGGGGUAACCAGAUAUACUAGGGAACAAAGAAGAACCGGUGUGUGAGCAGGUAUCGUGCAACUUGUGUACUCUGACCUGCAACUGCUAUUCAGUGCCCGUGUGUUGUAUAUAUACCACACCCGAGCCUGCGAGUGGGGUGAGCUCUUCAUGCCUAGUAGCUGCCAUUAGAUCAUAAUUUUCCUUCAUUGGCGGUGGUGUUAAGUAUUAAGGCAAGAGAGCAUGUGGUAAAAGUGCAGGUAAGUGCCAGAUGGAUCAUAGUGUGGGCGCAGAUGGGGUAUUCAGUACUCGGGGUAAAGUUGGUUGCAGAUAUGUUCAAUAGCGGGUUGCGUGAGACCUGGUUGGGUUUGUUCAAGCGUUAUGUACAGUUUAACCUGUACUCCUCCUUCGUGAGGAUGUUAAUCAUUCCCUGUUGCUAUGGGGAGGGCAGGAAGGUUGGUAUUGCUGCUUAAGUUGUUCAUGGUGGCCCAUCUUUGGGUCCAUAAGUCUACUGCCCUUUGUGUGUCGGUGUCUGCUCUAAUUUGUGCGUUUGCCGUGCUUUCGUAGGCCGAGUUCACUGUUAUUUUGCUUAGUAGUUCCUCCUUUGAAGGUGCAUUUUUUGUUUUCCACUGUCUAGUGAUCAAUGUGUUAGCUGCUAUCAAGAUGUGGAAUAGGAGUUUGCGUUCUAUUCGUGGUAUAGGUUUCUGUUCCAUGAAGAGUAGGCACAUCUCCAGUGUCAGAGGCAUGCUUCGAGGCGUGGUUUGGGUCACUAUUGUACCAUCCAUGUCCCAGUAUUGUCGUAUGAUGGGGCAUGUCCACCAAACAUGAUACAUAGUGCCUGUCUCACCUCCACAUCUCCAACAAGUGUUGGAGGUGCCCAGAAAUAUGUGCGCCAACCUGUCCGGGACCAGUUACCAACGAUAUUGUAGUUUCCGAAUGAGUUCGCAGAGGUUCGCUUUUGUGCAAUUUAUAGAGUUUGGUGAUACACCACACCUCCUUCCACUGUUCGACAAGGGUUCUAGUGCUAGCACGUAAAGGAGCGGUGAAAGUGGGCAGCCUUGACGGGUUCCAUUUGUAAUACUAAACCGGGUGGAUAGGAACCCUACGUUGAGUACUUGUGCCACGGGGUCCGCAUAAAGCGCUCUGACCGCCGAGAGAAAGGUCCCCGGAGCACCAAUCUUUCUCAGCACUGCAUCCAUGAACCCCCAGCUCAGACGGUCGAAGGCCUUCUCCGCGUCCAGUGAUAGCAAUAAACCCUUACAUUUGGUGUUGCGUAGAACGUGUAGGACAUCUAUUGGUGUCUGUGUUUAGGAGGGAAAUCGGUCUGAAAUUCUGCAGGCUUGUGGGCGAUUUGCCUGGUUUCGCCAGUGUGACUAUAUGUGCUAACAGGAUCUCAGGUGGGAGUGAGUGGGAGGUUAUGGCUCCUGCUUAGUCAGCUGCGGGGCUAAGUCGUCUCAAAAUUUUUUAUAGUAGGAGUUAGCAAACCUGUCUGGUCCAGGCGAUUUGCCUGCGGGUAGCAAUAGCAUAGUAAGUUUGACCUCUGUCUCUGUUAUUGACGCCGCUAGGUCAGAUUUGUGUUGGUGGAAUAAUUGCGAUAGUUGUAUGGUGUCUAAGUAAUGUGUAAUGUCUUCCCCCGUAGGUGGAUGGGUGUUCGGGUCUCGAUGUAGGUUAUAGAGGUCCGACUAGUUUGCUGAGCACUCGUCACUUAUGUCCUUCAGGGACAUGAGCUUGUGGCCAGUCCGCGAUGUUAAGUGCGCGAUAGCUUGGUUGGCUUGUUUUUGUUUGAGUCUGUUAGCUAUGAGUUUCCCCGCUUUGUUCCUUUGUGAGUAUUGUGUGGCUUUCAUCUUUCGUAUAUUGAAUCCCACUUUGUUUAGGGCAUGUUGUUGUAUGUUCUGUUUGUACAGUGUGUUGAUUGAGGAAGUUUUGCCAUUACGCUGAAUUAUUAGUUUUGUAGGGAACCCCCACCUGUACAUAAUUUGCUGAUCUUGCAGAAUGCUAGUGAUGGGAGUGAAAGUCUUUCUCUUCCUCAGGAUGGGAGCUGAAAUGUCUGCGAAAAUCUUAGCCGUGCGGUAUUUGGGGGGUAGAUCCAUCUUCGUCCUGCUGGAUUUUAGGACUAUUUCUUUUAUGUGAUAAUGAUGCAUCUUUAAGAUGAUAUCCCUUGGUAGAUCUUGUGGUAGGAAUGAUGGUUUGGCAACCCGGUGUAUACGGUCCAUGAGCAGCAUGUCUUGGGGUACCUCGGGGGCUAUUAUAUGAAAUAAUUCUGUGAUAUAAGCUUGGAGCUCUUGUGCUCCUAUCUCCUCAGGUACCCCCCUGACCCAGAGGUUAACUCACCGUGACCGUUCCUCGAUGUCUGCCAGUUUGGAUUUAUAGCUGUCUAACUGAGCUCUCAGCUCUUGCACCUCAGAAGUCAGAGCGUUGUGGACUUUCGCGGGUUUUGCCAUCUUGAGCGUGGAGGUGCGGCUACCCAGUUCCUGGAUAUCGCUGCGGAGGUAGCAGAAGGACUGCUGGAGAUUGCUUUGUAGUUUAGCUGCCAUCGUAUCCAGCAAGUUUUGCAGCAUUUCACUGGUGAGUGGUGUGCUUGGAGAGGGAGGCCUCUGUGUUAGCUCUUGGUCAGUAUCGCCGCCAUCUUAGGUAGCUGGAUUUGCCGGUCUUGAGUAGCUGGAUUUGACUCAGAACAAGUUAUGUUUGUCUGUUUUGUCCGCAUUCCGUUUUCCUUUGUGGGGGGAUAUUCUGUAUAGGCCUGGAAGUGCCGAAUUUUGAGGCUUAAUUAUUGCCUAAGGGACGAUUUUUCACGGAGCUAGCAGCACAUGCAACUGUUCUCCGUCCACUCCAGGACACAUCCCCUCGGUAUUUUAAUAGCAUUAUUAGUAAACAUAGUUAUAAACUACAAGUAUGAUUGGUUGGUCGCUUGGAUGGUGGUCAGGUGUGUUGGGUCAUGAAUGGAAUCACAAGAGUAUUUUAAUGAUGUUAGUAGGGUGUUAAUAGGACUGUAUUUAAAAUAAGACUAUAGCAUUAGUUCCACAAUGCUGAUAAACUAUGUGGAAGGGUUCCACGGGAAAAAUAAAUUUGGAACCCCUGCUCUAGCUACACACUAUCAUAUUAACUCUGGCAAUGCUAUAACCAAUCAGAAACCCUCUAAUGGGUAACUUCUCCCUGUAUCUGCUACGCCUACACACAUCACAUUGUGUGGCAAUAUUUGUACAAUGAAACGAUGAAUCAUGCUUGCAGGGCAUUUGAUGCCCCUCCCAUUUAAGUAACUUUUUAUAUUCUGUAGCUGACAUCAUAAAAAAGGCACUGCCCAUUACUUUCCCUUAUUCACAGAGAACAUGACUGGUUACUUUUAUUUUUUUACAGUCAGUCCUGAUCUUCCCAUUCUCUUCUUAAUGAGUUCUUUUUCAUUUGUAUUCUUUUUUUUAAGCAUGAUAACACUUGUGCCAGCUUCCAGUGCCAUUUUAAUAUUCCCAAGAAUAUUUUAUCCAUUAGUGUCCUUUAUUCAUGUACAUUUGAGGAUAGUUUAAGAUUAUAGUCAAGAUUUUUAUGUGUUGUUUUUCCAGUUAUAAGAAAGUUUUGCCUUAAAAUCUGCUGCUUUUCCCUUCAGGUUAAUUUACAAACAGAGUCGUGAGUGGGCGUCUUGAUAUUAACUAACAAGUACUAAUUGCUGCGCAUUAUAGAUUAUACAGGUGUAAGAUAUUUCACUGAAUAUUUUCUGAUGAAAACUUGUCAGAACUUUCAUAAAAAUGAUAAACAGAUAAAGCUCUUAAUAAAACCCUUUAUCUCUGCAGGAUUGCUAGACAUGCAUCUUUUACAGCACCUCACCCUCUAAAGUGCAUUAAAGGUCAAUGCCCAAACCAUAUUUCAUUUAGUAAGGGUUAAAAAAAACACCAGCGAAUAAGGGAUUUAUUUUGUUUGCAUUUUUCUUUUCUGCAAUAAAAGUUACAAAGUACAUUUUGUCCUAAACAGUUUUUAGCAGAUAAAUAGUAGUUUAUAUGAUUCAACAACGUUUUUAAUUGUUUUUUUUUUAUAUUUAAAAACAGACAAAAGAGCACAAUAGCAGCAUAUAUAUUGUAUUACAGAAUGUUACACCCAAAUGUCUGUGUUAUUUUUUUUAAUUUUUUUUUUUUAAACAUAGGGGUUAUAAACUUAAGAAAAGUCAAAUAGUUAUAAUAAUUGGUAGAGCAGGUAUACUACAGACUGGUCAGCAGGACCAAGGGCGGUAAAUCUCAUCAAUAGUGUACAAUUAUGAGCUAAUAAACACAUAACAAGUAACACUGUACUGAACAAUAAAAAACUGCCGAGUAAGAAGGAACAAAGUAUAUAUUUUUAACCAAGCUUCUAUUGGCUGUCCUCUAGCAUUCAAGCAGUUAAUUGGGGAAUGUAGAACUGCCUAUUUCAUAUGAUAAUUAAUAUGCUGAAGAACAGAAGCCUUUUCAGCUUCAACAAGAUAUCUUAAUUACCUUUAAUUUAAAAAGGGUUGUUUUUAUUACUUUGCUGAUCUUUUUAUAUCUCACUUUAAUUGUUGUACAGAGGGAUGAAUCAUUCUUUUUUUGAAAGGACCCUUGAAAUGUAUUACAUGCACUGCAUGCAAGAAAGGGCACAGAAACUUGCUUUCUGAAGGUCAAUUGAAGUUUAUUUUUUAUUUUAUUAAAGAAAUAAGGUACUACUAGUAUGCCCUGACCUUUAAAACAGAUACAGCAGGCUGGAAAUUACCUCUGUUUUAAAUGCAUAAUAUAAAUAAUGUAUUUUAAAAAUACAAAAAUAAUAAUAUUGAAGCAAAAGAUAUUUAUAUUUUAAUUGUCCAUGCUUGCCAUAUAUUUCCAGGAUUUUCAGCCAUUGUAGUGAGCUCUCCAAGAAUCUUGAUAAGGUUGGUAAUUCAACAGCUCCUUCAAGUAUUCCUUGUCCUCCUGGAUGUGGGAUGCUGUGAGCCAACAGUUGGGUGAUUACAGGAUUUGUCGCUGAGAAAGUUCAAAGUAAAUAGAUGAGGGUACUGGAGGUGAUACCUUACUAUCCAUAGUAUCCAAAUUGCUGAUAUCCCUCCCAGGACACCAAGAGUCCAUUAAUAUUAAUCCAGUGGUUUUGGGCAUAUAUCCAUCCUGAAGCUACCUAGAACCCAAUAUCCCAUGGAUGGAACACUCCUUCAUGAAUCUUCUUGAGUAGGCAAGAAAGAUAAUCAUUUGGUCCUUCUGACGAUCAUUAGGACUCCAAUUGCUAAUCUAAACCUUGUCAAGAGCACCUAGUAAGUAAGCACCGAGUAAGUGAGUCCAGAACCUUACAGAGCUCCUGCUAGAUGGAGUAAGCAAAGGAAAAGACUAAUAGGGAAAGCAGAGGCGAGUGGUGCUCUGUCCUGAUGCCCGCGCUUCAGCUGAAUGUGCAGUGAGCUCUUCGGGCUCAUCAACCAAUGCAGAGGUCUCCUCCACUCCCAUGACUGCUGGAACAACAGCAAGGUGAGGGCCAAGGCCCGCUUUACUUGUCCAAUGCCAGUGCUGCAGCUGUGGGUGUGAUUAGAUCCUCGGGCUCAACCACCAAUGUAGAGUUCUCCUCCACGACUGAACCAACAAAAGCAAGGUGGAAGCAGAGGCCAGCAGUACUUUGUCCUGAUGCCAGCUCUUUAGCUGUGGUUGCAUCCAUUUGAUCCUUAGUCCAUGGGGAAUGAUGCUGAACAGUAUUGCGCAGCUUCCUAUAGGGUUUCCAUUCUCUGAUGACUAGAUAUUCCAGAAUCGUGUCCCAGUUCUGGUACAUCUGAGAUGUUCAACAUAACCUCAGGGCUCUUUAAUGUCCCGGAAAUAAGAAUCCUCAUCAUGUCCAAAUUCAGUGUCCUCAUGGAUGCUUUAUCAUAAUAAUCAAGGGUCGCCAAAGUCAUAGCCCUCAGAGGAACAGUCACUCAUAACAUAUAAAUAUUCUUGCUAUGCAUAUCACUGCAGAGCUUUCUACCUGUCAUCCAGCUCUAUCUUCAUCUGGACCAGCAGCUCCAAUCGGGACACCCUUUGAUCUUGUGGCUUCUCUCCCAGGAAUGACAUUUGUAAAUCCCUCUGGAAUGUGAACCAUUGUCCUAGGGUUAGAAGAUGCUUGUCACGGCACACAAAUCAUGUCCUGUGCUGCUUCAUAAUAAUACAAUACAAUAUUUAUAAAGGUUUGGGGAAGACAAAGACUAACAAAAAAUAGUCCCUUGCCUGUAUAAACCAUAAUGUGCAAAUCUACCUGAAUAUGCAAAUUAACAAGCCUUGCUAUUCCGGUAGUGCAACUGUUGCACUGACAAGUGGUGCUGCGCAGGCCUCAGAGCCAGACAGAGGAUAACUCAAUGCAUUCUUCAAAUUAUAUUACAAUACACACCCUGCACCUAUAAUGGGCACACCGUGAGUUAAACAAGAAUCAUCCAGGGAUCUGCAAAAAGUGUCAGAUAUAUGCUCCCAGUGAUGGUGACUACCAUCACAGGUAGCUACAUGGAAUUAUAGGUGCUUCCGCCAUAAAUUCUGAAGGCUACAUUAAUUCCUCGAAAACAAUGGUGUUUACUGUAUUUUAACAAUAUUGUAUAUUGCCUGUUAUUAAGGUGUAUUAAUACAGAGUCUUAUUUUUCAUGAUGCAGUUUCCUUAUUGAUUGCUUGUAAUCCUUUAUAUCUAAGGAACUAAUAGAGCCUUUAUUAUAUAUUAUCUUCACAGUUGGCCAUGGUCAGAGUGAAGGAGAGAGGAUGACGGUAUCUGAUUUCCACAUUUAUGUCAGGGAUGGCCUGCAGCAUUUGGACCUCAUGAAGAAGGAGCACCCCAACUUGCCAAUCUUUCUCUGUGGACACUCCAUGGUAAGGGACAAGGGUUUAUUAAAUAAAUAGCUUAGAGGUUUGCCCUGGUGUUGCCAGGUGAGCUUACACUUUUAUGUCCAUGGAAUUGGUUCCGAAAACUGUGCUAUUUAAAAGGUUUAUUGGGAUAUUUGGGAUGGUGUGCAGGUACCAUUUUUUGUUUUAUUUUAUUUAGAUAAGAUAAUUUACUUAAUUGAAGAGGGUAUUCAAUUAAAUUUGCAAUAUUCUGCAUCACAUAACUUGCUGAUAACCAAAAAAACAAAACAAUGGCCUGUUACUGCUACUCAAGAAUGUGGUUUGAAACAUACCUAAGAAACCUCAUUCGUGCUAUAAUUAGUACUGAAGUAAACCCACAAUGUAAGUUAAAAAUAGAGUUUCCAGUUAAUUAGUGCUGAAUGCUGAAUGAACGUUAUGGGUAAUGAGAAAUAUUGUUGCCUUGUGUUUCUCAGGGAGGUGCCAUAUCCAUCCUCAUGGCCAGUGAGAGAUCUGUCGACUUCUCAGGUGUCAUCCUGAUAUCUCCCUUAGUUCUGCCCAACCCGGAAUCAGCUACGUCGUUCAAGGUAAGUCUCAUAGCAUCGCAGGACAUCAGUCUUUAUACAGUCAGAACAACUGGAAUUAUUAAAACUUGAAAGCAGAUGUGACACAAUUAGCAGCAGUGGCAAAUAUCCCUAAAUCAAAUUUCUAUGUUUGUACUCGCUUUUAAACAGUAUUCAGGAGGAAAAUAAACUGAUAUUUGGGUCAUUUUAAUGUGUCUAUUAAUGUAUGGCAGAGGUAGGCAACUCAAAAUGUUGGGGACUACAUUUCCCCAGGUGCUUUGCCAGCAUUAUGUCUAGCUGUAAUACAGAUUAUGAUUCACAGUCACAAGAACAUACAUAGCUGAGGAAAAACCCAUGGGGGUCCCAUGUAUGCUGAAAAAUACAGCCUUUUAGGAUUAACACAAUUAAAAAUCGACAUGCUUAAUUAAUUCUACCUAUGUAUUUUAAUGUAUCCAAAUGUGAAAUGAAAACUUAUAUAAAAGGUACUUUGGACACUAAAACAAUUUAGGUGCAUUUCAUAGGUUUUAGCCUCACAUUUGUACUGUACUUUGUCUACUUUUAAAUCUCAUAAAAUAUAUGAAUGAAUAAAUGAAGUUGUCAAGCUUUUUGAAGAAUAACCCUGCCUCCUUAGUUACUCCUUCCCUUUUCACAAAAUUUCUUACUGAUUGGAAGUAUGCAAUGUACAUGUGAAGCUCAGCCAAUAAGAGAUCAGCGUGAGCUGAACAUUAUCUAGUCCAGUUCCCCUUAGCAUGGCUUUGAAAUACUAUACAUAUGAUAAAAUUACAGAGACUGACAUUGGAUCUUGCAUUGACUGCAUACUACAGGUAGUGGACUCGCAGGGGUUGGGGGCCCAUCAGGUAGCCCAUACACUUAGGGGAAACCCGACAGACAGGUAGAUCUUAUCAGGGGCCCAGUCGGGUGCUGCGGGCUCUUUGACAGCAUGACUGGGCCCCUUUAAUAUCUGCAGAGAUUGCUGGGACCUGUCACUUUCACUCCAGACAGACAGCCUGGACAGCCUCAGACUCCCAUCAGCAUAAGCCUGCCCCACAAAUUUACCUCCAUGCACCCAAAAGGUAUUGAAACAUUGGGUUGAUUAACAUUAUGUAAAUUGCAAUUUGUGUCUUUGUAUAUCUGUGUGGUGUGUGUAUGUAUGUGUGUGUGUAUGUGCACAUAAUUGUGUGUAUCUUUGUGUGCCAGUUUCUGGGUUCCAGUGUGUGUAUGUGUAGGUAUGUGAGUUUAUCUUUGUGUGUCUGUGUAGGUAUAUGUUUGUAUCUGUGUGUGUGCCACAGUGUGUAGCUUUCAAUCUGUUUAUGUUAGUGUGGGUACAUGUGUGUGUCUGUGUGUUAGUGUGUAUCUGUGUCACUGUGUGCGACUGCAUAUGUGUAUAUUUACAUUCAUCCUAGCACUCAAAUGGAAAGACUACAUAAAAGCACAUUCCUACUAUCAAAUGCCAGAGAGAAGGCAGUGUUUACUUGGCUACCUAGUACGACCUUGUGGCUGUCACUCAGACAGGCACUAGAGCUGCUUCCUCCACAGCGUGUAGCACCCACGUUCGGCGUCGCCGUAUGCUCCCCCCCUAGAGAGGCACUGAUUCAUUGCAUCUCUAUAAGGAGAUGCUAAUUGGUGUAGUGCGUUGCUGGGGAUUUGCAAUAGUCUCCCAGUGGAUUUGAUUGGCUGAGAUCACCCAGAUUGAUGAUCUAAGCCACAGAGGUGUGGCCUGCUGCGGCAAGACUGGUGCAGAGAGGGUGAAAAGGGUAAGUUUAAAUACCUUUUACUUCACAGAAAGGGAGGCCUGUCACCUUAACAACCACUCCAGCACUAUAGUUUUAGGAAUACAUGUUCCUUUAAAUAUACUAUAGCUUUCCUUUAAAUAUCAGUGCGAAAUAUUGUGGGAAAUCUCUCUGUUUAAACAAAGUCACUAUUGAUAGAGUUUGGUACCUGUUGAUUUUGGUGCUCGUGGAAACUUCAAUUGUAUAAUUGUGUCUGGGUAAAAUUAAGUAAAAGUUCCCCCUGCAUUUUACUUUUCAUGUUGGGUACUUCCUACUUCAAUAAUCAAGAAGGUUUGUGAUACAGUUCAUGUUGAAGCAAUUUCAUUCUUACUCCUCUAGAUCCAGGGAAUCUCAAAUUAUCUGGUAUCACAUUCAGAUGGUGAUUUAAUUUUCCUGUUUUACUUUAAUAGGAGAACACGUACCCCUUAUGCCACAUAGAAAAAUAUUUUAAGAGCAUAGACCUAGAACUUCUCAAUCUGCUAUCAGUGGGCUAAGUAACAAUAUUAUAUGUUUAAUGGCAAAAAAAAAACAUUUUCAGGAUCGAUUCCCUCUGAAAGAGAGACCAAACAAAAUAGUCAAUUCAUGGAUUAGUCUCCGAGCAUCUUUAUCCACAUUAUAAUACAAUAAAGGAAUUUAGAAAAGGAUUUACGUAACCAUAGCACCCUUUUAACAUGACAGGAAAACAGCAAGGAUUAAAUCAAAAAUUAGGUUACACUAGAUGAAAGAAGACAAAUCGAAAUUGUAACUAAAUGUUGUCCCAUGCUUCAUGGUCUGUUGUGUACAACAGUCUAUCUUGCUUCUUAUCCAGCCUACCGUGGUUUCAAGGGUGGAACAUUCCUGCAAGACUUCUUCUCAUAGUCAUUGCAUGUACUUGGGUGCCACAUGACCCUUCCAGAUAGCACACAAACAAUUCACUGAAUAUCCCUUUACUCUGCAAGGUACAUUAAGUACUGUUCAUCAGAUGCUCACAAUUGGUUCCUGUUUUUAACUUAGAUGCUUUACCUUCAUAUAGUUGUGUUUCCUAUUUAUUUUGCCAGACGUUAUAGAGGGACAUUCUGGCCUCUUUUGCUUGAACGCGUGUUGUUUUGUCAGCCAUGUAUCUUUUGCAUCCAAACUAAAAGUGAAUUUGCUUUUUUUUUUUUUUGCUUUUUUUUUUGUUCAACAGGUUUUUGCAGCUAAAAUAUUGAACCAUGUUCUCCCCAAUCUCUCUCUGGGAGGUAUCGACCCAAAUCUGGUAUCUCGGAAUAAAAAAGAGGUGAGAGCACAAGAUCUACUGGUAGGAGAAAGUGGUGGGGAAAGGGUUUCUCUAAGGAACCCCUAUUUCUAUACUUAAGGGGUUAAUAUCGUUUUCAGCUGAUUAUGCCUUAACAGACCAUUACUGGUAAGAAAAAGAAUCCUGCCCCUUCAUGUCUGCCCAUUACUCUAGUUUAAAGGAACAGGAACUUUAAGAUCAAUGACUAUUACUUGCCCAUAUGUAAUCCCCAUGUUAGCAUAUAUAUCCUCUGUGCCUAGAGCUAUUGUUAUCGCUGAGCAUAAAACUAUUUGAAUUUAGUUCUAUGUACAGUAAUAGUUUAGAAUAGUGAGAAGCUAGGUGGCUGUUUAUUGCACAAAGUCAUUUCAAAUACUGGGGAUUGUGUUGUCCGUUUAUGAAACAAUUUUCUCUUAUUAUGUAAUUAUGUGUAUAUAAUAAACAAUAAACUAGGUUGUUAGACAAUAACUGAAAUACAUUUUUUUUAAUAGAUUCAACAGCAUGUAAUUUCAUGGGUAAAAAUGCGUGUAUUUGUGUGUGUAUGUACAUAUGUAUAUAUGUGUGUGUGUGUGUGUGUGUAUAUAUAUAUAUAUAUAUAUUGACAUAUCGUAAUAUAACAUAACAUUCUGAAUGGAAAUUUUCCCAGCUCUAGAAAUGUUUCCCAAAAUGUACUGUUUAGUGAAUAAAUGUCGUAUGUCUCUUUUGCUGCAUAUCACAGUAAAUUCUUGCUCCUCAGGCACAAAUGGAAAUAAGAGGCUGUUCAUGCAGGCAGAAGUAAUAUUUUCUCAGGCCUGCCUCACAUAGCUGCACUGGGGUUAAAAAUUCACCAGACUCUAAUCCUAAAUUAUAAAUCCUCAUUCAUAUUUUAUCCACCCUUCUCCUGCGGAGACCUGGUUUAGUAAAAGGAGGAGUAUGUUAUGUAAGGCAGAGUGUAUAUUUCUUCUGGCUUAUUGUCUCUGCCAUGUGACACAGACACACUCGGGCACACCUUCACUUUAUUAUUAAGUCUCUUUUACACCGAAAGUUGACUUGCUUAUGGGAGUAAACCUGUGACACUGUCACACAUUGCAAAAUGAGACUUUAAUUAAGUUUGUGAUAAGUUAGUAUGGAAGUUGAGUAGCACAACCUUAAGUGCUUGUGAUGCCAUUGUCUUAUGAAAGUCACAUUGUAGAAAAAAACCUCAUGUGCUAAUAUUGGGAAAUAACAUGUGAUUCAUUGUCUCCUGGUACUGCAAUAAUUACAGGAUAUGAUUUCCCUGUUUGCUACAGAACCCUGAGCUUCAAUAAAUACUAUUUGCAGUCACAGUUAUAGUUUAUUCGCUAAACAGAGAGUAGUGACAAAUACGUAAAGAAUUUCUAACUUUUAGGCAAAAUUACUCAAUGGAAAAAAGCAAAAAAAUUCUGGCUUGGCGAUUUUGGCAGAAAAAAAAUACUAUUUCCUAAUCAGUCUUCUACAAUUCCAAUAUUUGGUGAACAAACCAUUUCAUUAAAGUUCAGAGCCUUUUUUUUGGGCACAGUUUGUAUUUCUCGUGUUUUGUAUACUAUAAAGCAUUGUGGUGGGUUGACCCUUUAACCUCAAGGAAUACGCAGACCCCUUCAUAGAGCAAAGCUCCGAGAUGAAGCAUGUCUUCUCAAGGUCAUAAUGUCAGGCUUACUCACAGAAUUCUUUUCUUCCUGUUUAUACCAAAGGUUAAAGGUUAAAUUUUUCCAUGGGUGAAUUCACAUGGCUGUUCUUAUAAACUUGACUCUUUUAAUAAUAAACUUUAACUAGAGUUUAUUAACUUUGCCUCAUGAGCUAUCCUUAGGUCAGGCACUGCAUUCAUUACUAAAAAAAAAAAAAAUAACUUCACAGAUUUCUCUCUCCAUUAAAAACAGGCUGAUUUUAAAUGGAUAACAGAAAGGUAGAUGACAUUCGCUUGUUAUUAUAUUAGCCAUUUCAGCAGACACUCUUGUGAAAAACACAUACUUCUGGGAAACACCACAAGAUUAACAACUCUGAGGCGAACUGUCACUUCUCCAUGAAGUACACAACUGAAACUUGUGUUAACCUUUUACAUAUGUGAAACCUACUUUUUUUUUAAACACAUGUUCUAAGAACCAAAACCAUUGCAUCUUAAUGAAUGCUGUUACUUUCCUCUUCCCAGAGAAAACAUGCUGCUUCUAGUGGCUGUCAGGCUGACGGCCACUACAGGCACUUCCUUGUGCCUGUUAAUGCUUCUCAUAGAGAAACGUAAGAUUCAGUGCUUUUAUAUAAGAAGCAUUUGAUUGAGUUACGUGAUUUCUGCGCAUCCAUCAUAGGUCUGUAGGAAUUCUCUAUGAGACGUAUUGAAUUGGACUGAGAUCAUUACAUCUGAUGAUCUCAGAAGUGGUAGCAGUAUGGCAGCCAAGAGGAGAUUGUCACAGUGCCGGAUUACAGGUAUGUAUUAAAGGCGUUUUUUUUUCAUUAUUAUUUUUCUUACAUUAAAAGGGGUUCCAGAAUCUAAUGUAUGUUAAAAAUUUUAAUUAACAUCACAAUUCAGUUCAGGCCAGCGAUGCAUUUACUGCGAGGCUAACAAGGCAUUCACCUUUGGCGGUACUUUUCCAUUUGCCGCCCCCAAAUGCCCAGGCAAAUGCCUUGUUAGCCUCGUUUUAAGGAGGCCCAAGAGCUGGCCGGCUGCCCCCCCGGGGCAUUUAAAUAUAGGUUUCUUAUAUAUUUGUUAAGGAGUUGUUUGGAAACCUAUAGUUUCUGUUGACAUAUUCAUUUGAUGAUUUUUCCUCAGAAAUGUAGAUAACGCUACCUCCUUUUCAGAUUGAUAGUGAGAAAAUAGGCCACAACCAAAAAAAAAGAAAGCUACAACUGAGACAACAAAUACUUGUGUGUAUAUGAUUGUGGUCAUUGUAAUUUUUAUAGAAAUAAUCAUGUAACGGUGAUAAUAAUAUGACAGAGGAAGUUUCUAUUAAUUUUUUUUUUAUGGAAACUGGCAAAACUUAAAUUAUUAUUUUUUUUUUUAUAUAUAAGGUUUCACGUUUUGCCCUUUCCAUAGCCAUCAUCAUCCCCUUUCCUGCCUUCCCCCAUAGUCCUGUAAUAAAUGUAUUGUUGGCUUUGGGAAUUGAACAUACUGUCAUGCUUAUCCUGUGUAACCAGUACCAGCCCAUUACAUGAUCCAUGGCCACAUUGUACAAGACAUUUUAUUAAAAGCAGAUUUCUGUCUUUCUUACACUGCCUCUUAUCUGGAGAUAGAAAUUUAUGAAAUCAGAAAGGAAUGGAAAGUGAAUAUAAUGGAUUAUUCCUUUAUGAAUUAACAAAGAUGAACCCUUACUCAUCUAAAAUGAAUUGGGCUUAUAUUACUUCUACCUCUUGUAUAUUUAAUAUUAUCUUUCCGCCUACGAUGGAAAUGAUAAAAAUCUAAUGUGCACAUUCUUACUUCAUACAAAUCGAGUAGGAGGAAAUGUGAACAGAUGUUUCAGAGUGUCACAGAAACUAUUUAAAAAAGAAAAAGUUUUUUUCUUUAUUCAUGCUUAUGGUGCACAAUUUUAAAUAACCGUAUCCUUAAAUGGGCACUCUUAGCACCAUAACCACUACAGUCCAUUGUAAUAGUUAUAGUGCCAGCAUGCUUCUAGUGCCAUCCCCUGAUAAUGUGAAACCAUAUUCAAGCAGUUUGACACAAACCAAGAAUCGACUGUUUUUUUAUUGUAGUGAAUUGAAAUCCACAUUGCAAAAUGAAGACCACCGUAAGCGAGCUGUGACUAUAGCAGAUAAAGUCAUCUUUGGACAUUCAGGCGCCCGUAUGAAACUUUGAAGCAAUGCCACCUAGUGUCCACCGUCUAGCAUUGUUGAUAUUCAUUAUUUCAUAUUAUGUUUUAGAUUUACAUUCAAUACAAUUCACGUUUAGUACUGUCAAGUUUAGUGAGUGUGCAUGGAUCAUGUGAAGGUGACCAGCUUGUGAAAUGGAUACCAGUAACUCUCAAAAUUGCAACACAUUUUAUAUUUCCUCCCUUUGCGCUCCUCACCACUGUAACUACCUUGGUGGUGUUAACUGGCGGCUAGGGAAAACAUCACUGUCACCAAAUCAAACUUAAACAGUUCCUCUUUAAAGGGACAUAGCUAUAAUUUUCUUGUUAUUUUUAUUUGAAUUUAAGUAUUGUCACUUACCACACUCGAAUUUGUUAUACUACAUAUUUAGAUGUAUGCCCUCCCUCCAGAAGCAAUAAAUUAAAGAGUUUAACCAUAUAUCUACCUGUGCUCCAGUUUCGCCAUAGUCGCUGCUCCUACCCUGGCUGAGAUCAUCAUUACUAAUAAUCUCAGUCAGUUCAAAGCUUCCCUAUCGGCAAACAUUUGGGGGGGCUAGUGUGCAUGAGUGGCAAUUUUCAUGCUGCAUCAAUCAGCAUCUCCUCAUAUAGAGGUAUUGAUCCAAUGCAUCUCUAUGGGGUGGGUUCAGUGCCGUCAUGCUGAACAUCAGUCCUGCAAAGAUUGCAAGUCCACACUAGAAAGACCCUCCAGUGGCUUUCUAGUUCACCUGCAAGAGGAAGCUUAAUGUGUCUCAAUUAUAAGCAUUUGAUUGGAUCAUGAAGAGGGAGGCUGUGAUGUCAGACAGGGUGUGGAAUCCAGCGAGGGAAGGUUUGUCCGGCUCUGGAUUCCAGGUAACUUUACCGUUUAACUUGCAGGUUUGGAGGGGAGGGCUAAAGAGAAUGCCCAUUCGGGAAUUUUAAACGUAAAAAAAAGUAGAUUUGUUUUUAAGUGGUUAGAGGUUCCCCUUAAGCUGUAGUGGUUUAGGUGCUUAGAGUGUCCCUUUAAUUAUUGCGAAACAAUUUUGAAGCUCUGUAUAGAAUUAAUGCAGAAAAUGGUCACUUCUUGAAAUAUUUUUUUUGUAAAUGACUUGCAUAUAGGUACUUUUAUUUCUUGUACUAUUCUAAGAAAAUAUAUUUUCUGUAAAAUGUGAUGUAAAAAAUAAGCUCAGUGUUAACUGGAAGCAUCCUUUUGAUGAUGUAUUGUAUAUAUGAAUGGGUCAACUCAACCUUUGAUUCAUUUGUUUUUGCUUAAGGCAGUAAUGAGCUUUUUUUAACUACUCAAAUUAAUCUAAAAAAAACAUUAGGUCUUUAUUCAUUAAAGAAACACACCAAACACAUUACCUUUACAGGGUAAUGUAUGGUUAUGGUGACAGCAGUGCUCUGGUCCCCGUCGACCCCCAUGUAAGUAGUCAAACUGUUUUAGAAAGGUUGACUUUUUACCUGGAAUCUGACGUGUGCUUUUCCAUGCCUCCCCUAUUUUUGGUAGAGAGACAGUGAGUCUUAGCUAAGCUAAAUGUUGCAGGUUGAUGCUCUCUGACAAUGAGUUGGCCCUGUAAUUCAGGAUUUAGCUCAAAAGAGCUAACAAAAGCUAACAGAAGUUCCUGUUCUAAAAUCAUUUGAAUACUUACAAUGUGAUGUCAACAAGGCAUUCCUGGCACCAUAAGCACUGCGCCGUGUUUCCUUUAAACAAUCAAUGACUGUGAAUUGAAAUUCUCCUAUUGGGUUAUAGUCACAUCUUUUUUACUUGAAGCUUAAAUGUUGUGCUUCGAUUUGUAACUACAGUUCCACUGGAUGGAAUAAACAUGAAUUUCUCUCAACCUGGAGAGUGAAUUACAGUCACCAGUCAGAUCUGCUGUAUGUUUCCAAAUUAAAAGAUGCAGUUUCCUGUCAGGGGAAAGACUGUAGUUAGGAUUAUAACUCCCAUCAUGGAUAGGUAAUAUUCAUAGCACGAUUUUACUACAUUAAUUGUUAUUAUUAUUACUACAUAUAAUUACUUAUAUAGCACCAAAAUACUCUAUAGCACUGUAUACUAAGUUACUUAAAAUGGUGCUUUUCUCUUGUGGUGCUGCUCUCUAAAGAAUAGAGAUAGUAAUCAGAUUGUUUGCCAUAGGUCGAGUCAUAUAUGACAGAUCCACUCGUUUACCAUGGAGGAAUGAAGGUUUCCUUUGGAGUGCAGUUACUGAAUGCCACAUCACGAGUCGAGCGAGCGUUGCCCAAUUUCAAACUACCACUAUUGUUAAUGCAUGGCACGGCAGACAAACUGUGUGACAUUCGAGGCUCGCAUCUUAUGAUGGAUACUGUUCCCAGCGAGGACAAAACUCUAAAGGUAACGACAAGCUGCAUGACAUCACAUCUUGUCUACUGGACUAAUAGGGCUAAUCCAAUAUAUUUAUUUAUUUUAAUUCACAAUCUGAAGCUCAAAUCACCAAUAAAACAAGGAAGGGUAAUUUACUUUACAACCCAAAUAUUUUCAGUAAAUCCCUUCUCUUAUACCAGAAGUAGUCACUCAGAGAUCCUGCUACUGGUAGUGUUUACCAUACAGUAGAGCUAGCCGUGAUGUUGCACUUUAACACAAUGGUACACCAUACCUUAUUUAUUAGCACAAUGUUUCAGUCCUCCCAAUCAGACCUGCCAAAUUAAGCAGGUUUAACAUAGGAUUCUACAUACAUAGUCACAUGGUAUUAUUAUGUCACUCAUUUUAAGUCGGAUAACAACAAUUGUGCAUGUAUAAAUACAUUCCAUAUAUUUUAGGUUAAAUACCACUGCUUAAGUAAACAUAUAGAGCUAUGAAUAAGUGUUAAAUUGGAAAUGUUGUGCUUAUAAUAUACACAUCACCCAGUGACAGUGUUUACUUUGCUGGAAUAAUAUCCAGCUAUCAGCUGUGCUGACAUAUACAGUUGCAAGAAAAAGUAUGUGGACCCUUUGGAAUGAUAUGGAUUUCUGCACAAAUUGGUCAUAAAAUGUGAUCUGAUCAUCAUCUAAGUCACAACAAUAGACAAUCACAGUCUGCUUAAACUAAUAACACACAAAGAAUGAAAUGUUGCCAUGUUUUCAUUGAACACACCAUGUAAACAUUCACAGUGCAGGUGGAAAAAGUAUGUGAACCCCUAGACUAAUGACAUCUCCAAGAGCUAAUUGGAGUGAGAUGUCAGCCAACUGGAGUCCAAUCAAUGAGAUGAGAUUGGAGGUGUUGGUUACAGCUGCCCUGCCCUAUAAAAAACACACACCAGUUCUGGGUUUGCUUUUCACAAGAAGCAUUGCCUGAUGUGAAUGAUGCCUCACACAAAAGAGCUCUCAGAAGACCUACGAUUAAGAAUUGUUGACUUGCAUAAAGCUGGAAAGGGUUAUAAAAGUAUCUCCAAAAGCCUUGCUGUUCAUCAGUCCACGGUAAGACAAAUUGUCUAUAAAUGGAGAAAAUUCAGCACUGCUGCUACUCUCCCCAGGAGUGGCCGUCCUGUAAAGAAGACUGCAAGAGCACAGCGCAGACUGCUCAAUGAAGUGAAGAAGAAUCCUAGAGUGUUAGCUUAAGACUUACAAAAGUCACUGGCAAAUGCUAACAUCCCUGUUUGCGAAUUUACAAUAUGUAAAACACUAAACAAGAAUGGAUUUCAUGGGAGGAUACCACAGAGGAAGCCACUGCUGUCCAAACAAAACACUGCUGCACGUUUACAGUUUGCACAAGAGCACCUGGAUGUUCAACAGCAGUACUGUUACAAUAUUCUGUGGACAGAUGAAACCAAAGUUGACUUGUUUUGAAGAAACACACAACACUAUGUGUGGCGAAAAAAGGCACAGCACACCAACAUCAAAACCUCAUCCCAACUGUGAAGUAUGGUGGUGGGGGCAUCAUGGUUUGGGGCUGUUUUGCUGCGUCAGGGCCUGGACGGAUUGCUAUCAUCAAAGGAAAAAUGAAUUCCCAAGUUUAUCAUUUUGCAGGAGAACUUAAGGCCAUCUGUCUACCAGCUGAAGCUCAACAGAAGAUGGGUGACCCAAAGCAUAGAAGUAAAUCAACAACAGAAUGGCUUAAACAGAAGAAAAUACGCCUCCUGAAGUGGCCCAGUCAGAGUCCUGACCUCAACCCGAUUGAGAUGCUGUGGCAUGACCUCAAGAAAGCGAUUCACACAAAACAUCCCAAGAAUAUUGCUGAACUGAAACAGUUCUGUAAAGAGGUAUGGUCAAGAAUUACUCCUGACCGUUGUGCACGUCUGAUCUGCAACUACAGGAAACGUUUGGUUAAAGUUAUUGCUGCCAAAGGAGGUUCAACCAGUUAUUAAAUCCAAGGGUUCAUAUACUUUAUCCACCUGCACUGUGAAUAUUUACAUGGUGUGUUCAAUAAAAACAUGGCAACAUUUCAUUCUUUGUGUGUUAUUAGUUUAAGCAGACUGUGAUUGUCAAUUGUUGUGACUUAGAUGAUUAUCAGAUCACAUUUUAUGACCAAUUUGUGCAGAAAUCCAUAUCAUUCCAAAGUGUUCACAUACUUGCAACUGUAAACUUAGAACAGUAAACACUUUUAUUUACAUUAUUGCUGUGUAUCUUUAAGAUGUCAAAAAUGUUGGUUUUUGCAUACGUCUGAAAGGGAAAGGAAAGCCUAUGUUUACUUCCUGGAAAUCAGGGGUUAAUCUGCCAAGCCACUGAUCUUUUAAGAUGUCAGUGUUCCAAACAUUUAGACAGUCCAGCUGCUGUCUGAAAUGUUUUGCUUGUCUAAGCUGCCAUUCCAAGUAUUUUAGAACUAAGUAGUAAGUAGUCAUUUCUCGAAGACUUCAAGAAAUGAGAUGGCAGGAUAGAAACAAAAGCUCCCCCCCCCCCCGAAACACUCCAAUCACCAUAACCACUACAGCGCUUGUCAGGAGUGCCCUGGCACCAUUUGUUAAUAAUUUUACUUUUCAUCUGUGGUCUGUAAGAUGCCAGUCACUGCCUCUAUUGACAGCCAGAAGAUCACUGCUAUUGUUGUUAUGGUGCUUGGAAUAAUACAUACACAUACUACCAGUCACUGCAGUCUGGAGUAUCCCCAUAUUUCAUAAUGUAAGCACUGUUUGACAUUUGUGAUAAUUCUGGUUUUGACAAAUAUAGUCUUUGUUUUAACUAUUUACUGGUUCUCCUAUGAGUAUAGUUUAUCAUCCUCAAUUUCUGUCAUCUAUAAUUUCUGUUCUUGUAUCUGUCCCUUUAAUGCUUUUCCUUCCUGGUCUUUAACUUUAUUUUUCUCAUCUAGCUUGGAGCUUUUUUCCUUUCACAACACCAUGAAACAAUGUUGGUUCAGAGAAACAGCUAGAAUACUAGUCCACUAUUACCCCAGGUGUGGUUGUUAAGCAGCUUCCUAUUUCCCAGUAACCGGUCAAAUAAAUCACCUGAAAAAGUUUUCACUGUGUAUGUCUUAUCUGUAGGUUUAUGAAACCGGAUUCCACGCGUUGCACAAAGAACUGCCAGAGGUCACUAGCUCUGUAUUCCAAGAGAUAGAAAGUUGGCUUCUACAAAGGAUAGAAAAAGAAGAGGCACCACCAGCAACCACUUCACAGAUUGCAAAGAACACCUAAGAUCGAUCAUAAGUAUCUACCCUGAUCAGCCUCGAAAUGAUAGACUGUUCCAUCCAGAUCACCAGGUCUGCCUCCACAAAACUGAGCAUCAUCCCUUUGUCAGCUUGUGUUCAGCUGAGCUUUUACCCACAUCGCUCGAUUGACCCUAUACCUAGAUCUACCUGUUCUCCACUGAGUAUAGCAACUAAACUUCUACCAAAUAAAGUUCUACUUAGCUGAGCUAAUACCCCAUUGAUCAAACUGUGUUUGAUUGAACUUCUACUAUGAUCGACCUGUGCUCAACUGAGCUUAUACUUUUAUCAGUCUACACCCAAUUCACCCCUUUUUCAGACUCCACCAAAUCCAUAUUUUGAAGUCCAUCUGUGACUUUUUCUAUUUUUUCCUUAUAAGACUAAUUUACUAAUCUAUAUUUGAGCAAGCACAAGGACCACAACACACAAAACAAACAGCCGAUCCAACACCUGGCUGAAGUGGAAGCACAAAUGAAUAAACGAGACCUCAAAAUUGAAAACUUUUAAAAGUCAGGUGGAAUUGGACAUUACAAUUCUCAGCAAUAAUUGUACAAAUCGCACCCAGCUCCCCUUGGCCUAACAUAAAAGAACUUGGCUUAACCGAUUGGUGCAGAAUUCCACAGAUUAUUUGUAAUCAAUAAUCCUGGAAGAAAAAGACCACUUUGUCAAUUCCUAUCAAGGAAAUCAAAGCAAUAUGUUGAAAAAAAUAACAAAAUGCAAAUUUAUCAUGGAUCUGCAGACAUAUAGGAAAGGUGAAAAAUAAAAUAGGAUUUUGCGAGGGGGGGAAUCGCUUGUAGGAAUCCAUGUAAAUAUUCCCUGUUCCCCUGUUUUAAUAGAUUUUUAUUACAGAUAAUAGUAUAUGGAUAAUACUAUUUAACAUGUUAAUAUAUUUACUGCCUGAAAUUAAGGAGUAGUUUUUUUUAAAUAUAUAUUUCAUACGUUAUUCAUAAAUGCUAAAAUUGUGGCCUUUGGUCUGGUAAUCUUUGGAACACUUGUCCUUUUGAAUCCCCAAACUGCGGUGACCCUUUUUAUUGUUCAGCAGAGCAUUGCAAAUCAAUAUAAGCUGCUGUAGUAGUUAUAAAUGGUUAAACAUAAUAGGGUUCUCACUUUGAUUACCAUCAGUUUAAAGACUAUUCCCUAUAGAUUUUUCUCUAUUCAGUGCUUAUUAGAAAAUAAAAAAUCUGUUUAAGUACUGGGCUUCAAAAUGCACACAUAGUUAAAGGUUACAGGGGCCACCCUGGAAUAGCAGUUAGCACAGUUGCCCAAUUUAGAUUUCCAUUUUAUUCAAUUCAUUAUGAACCCAGUAGGUAAUAUACAAAAGUUUGUUGAGAUUUCUUGAAUCUUGUAUAUCUUCAGACAGCAAAUCCACCCUUCAUUUCAUAUCAUGCAGAAAUGAUAAAACUUAUGGGACAUUAGUAUACCAAUUAUCAAUAACCCAAAUUAAUAAAAAAAAUUAGAACGGACUUUAAAUAUCCAUUAAUAUGACUUUCAUUUUGUAAUUAGUAACUUGAGUUCACAGGUUCAAAGAUUAAAUCUGUUUAGCAAGUUUAUAAUUGCCAAGAAUAUAUUCUCUUCUUCUCUCUCUUUGACACAAGGUUGGCCCACAUCAUUAAUCCUCAGUGUAUAUUCUUUGGCCUUGUCCCAUAUGUCUAUAGGUAGAUUAGUCUGUGUCUGUUUUUGACAGUUCAACCUGUGUACAUAUGAGAACAUACCUUAUGAGAACAUACUUUAAAAUUCUACAUUGAUGGUGGUUCUAGAGCUCCAAACCCUGAUGGAAAGUCAGAUUUUAAACCACAUGUGUUUACAUAGGGAAAUGGACCACAUUUCAGAAUUACUUCUCUAGAUAAUUUGAGGUCUAGGUCCUAAAUUUCUAUAAUGCGUAGACCUGGUUAUCAGGUUUCCCCAGUUAAGCAAAGGCACCUAAGUGUAUGACAUUCUAGAAGAGUGAUCAAACAGCAUGAAUACUAGUGAGACAUAACAGAAGGCUGUAUGGGUCAACCUCAUAAAAAUUAGUAGAGCAGUAUACACAGUGCAGGUCUCAUGAUUGUAGGUAGCCUUUGCUGCUUGAACGCAAUCUUCUCAUGUCUAUUGUAGAAUGACUUUUAACAGGGAAGCAGGCAACCGUUGAAAAAGGACAUAGCCCCCAUGCGAAUCAAGAUCUAGCAAUUACCGAAGUUAAAAUAAAAUAGUGCUUCUAAUAUUCUAAAACACAGAAACAUUGUGUAUAGCAUUAACAGAUGGAACAUUGCUAGAAAUAUGUGGCUAUUAAGACCCAACAAAAUUGCAUAGGAUAGCUCUUAGAUGUAAAAGAUACAAAAUAAUGGGUGCAAUCCGUGGAAGGUACUUCCCUGAGUACCAAAUCUCGCUCUGGUAGGCUGUUUGAAUUGUAUUUGCUGUAUUGUACUUUUGUUUUUAUUUUAUUUUUCAUUUUUUUUAGCUUUAUCACUUAUUUUCUUUUUGUUUGUGUGUUUCAUGUAGGGCUGUUUUUGUAAUUCAUGUUGCUCCCAUUGUAGGAGUUAAUUUUCAUGUGGUACCAAAUUAUGAUAUUAUUUCUUGAAACUCUAGGUUAGUAAGUACUUGGCAUCUGACUGUACAAAACCAGCCAGUACCGCAGAGGGGAUUAGAAAUGUUGUUUAGAUUGUGUCUUCUAAUCUAGACUCUCUAUCUCCCAGAAGAGGAGAUUCAGUAACUCGUUUAUUAUGAAAACGCUAUAACAUAACAUUUAAUAUUAGUUCAAUGUUCCUUUAAUAUUUACAUAUGUUUUACAAUAUUGGGCUCAUUAAAAUGUUAACAAUAAGCUAGAUUUGCAACAUAUGCUUUUACAAACAUAUCAACUUACAUAGUAGUUCUGCAGAACCUGGUGCAAUAAAACACUCGCUGGUUUUCUCCUCAGCAAGAAAAAACAGGCUAUUCAGCAGCAUCCCACACUAUAGAGCCCCAGGGGCUGAAUUGCUGACCAUCUGACGUUUUUUUGUGAUGAGUUGAGAAAGGAAAUGUAACAGAAGAUUGACAAAGAUGAUAAUGUACGGAAACAAUGUAUCAUUUGAGUUCCAUAUGUUUACAUAUGAUGAUGUUUGCUGAUGUACCAGUUUAUCAUGCAAGGAACAAAAUGGACAUGGUAUAUCCUAUGUAUAUGGACAGGUUGAGCAAAAAGUCAGGAACUAAACAGAUGCUUGUAAUAUGUGUAAUGUAUACCUGCCAACUGUCCCAGGUACAGAGUGUGAGUGCAUUAUAAGACACAAUCACACUGUGCAUAGAGCUAUCAGGACAUUAAGCCCAUACUCAGAAUGUUGCAGGAGUGCUCUGUGCAAAGGCUGCACUGAAUGGGUCCAACCAGAGGACAUGCCAGACUGACAUCCCUCAUUUUGGUGUGCCACUGUUAGUCCACUGGCCAUAUUGUUAUCAGGUAUGGUUAUGUUAGAUUAAUCCUAUAUUUACUAUCAUGUAAUAGACCAGUGAUGUACUUAUGGUGUAUGUUAAUCUGCCCCUAAGUCACUAUGAAUGCAUUGACGUUAAAUGAACACUAUAGCGUUAGGAAUAGAAAUGUGUAUUCAUAAAGAAUAUAAUAACCCUGUCCCCACUGUUGGUCAGUUCUCCUCCUACCCCUGGGUGCAUUAAAACAAAACAAAAAAAUGUAAAGAUUUAUCUAACGUUUUCCCGCACCAUGGCCUGCUCUGUCAAUGUCCAAUAUAAUGACCUAAAGAAAUGAUAGUUCUGCGUUAUGUGACCAAAUUUUACAUGGUCAGUGCAGCAGAAGGCAGUGAUACUGACAGCCACUAGAGGUAGACUUAACCCUGCAAUGUAAACUUUUUUGUUUCUGAAAACUGCAAUGUUUUACUUUGCGAUGAGGUGAUUUAGGUGACUUUUGUGUCCAUUAAAGCAUUUAUGCAUGUAUUUGGACAGUUACUGACCUUUUACUCAAUCUGCAGGUAAUACAAUUUCAGUUUGUUCUCGAUUUAAACCACAAGCCCUUAUCUCUUCUACUUAUACAAUAAGUCCUCUCCCUGCUAGAAAGAUGUUUAUAAGGAGUUAACUAUGUGUACUUACUCAGGAACAGAGCUAACUUUCAGUAACUUAACACAUGCUCCACUGUGCAGUCAGGUAUAUACAUUCCAGCUGUUGUAAACAGCAACUAACAAUAUGGCCGGCCGACAGGCACCCCAUGUGAACCUUAGGAGUGAUGCCCCUUCUCCAUCCAUCAUUACUUAUCCUCUCCAUAUACUACCUUGUGUGUCCCUAUUUAUGCCCCCUUUUGUCCAUCUCCUGGCUCAUUUUAGGGUUCCCUCUCUAUCUCUCUAUUCUCUUCCUUGUGUGCACCUCUCCAUGCCCUAUGUGUGUUUCAUGUGUUUAUCUCUACCACCCACCAAUGUGUCUCUCACAAUCCCUUUUGUUUUCCCACAUCCUGUAUUGUGGCUUACUUGCUGACCGGCCCUUGCUGACCGGCCCUUGCUGUCCAUUCAGUGCAAGCCUUCCCAAGCUUCACACUUGGUAAUGUGCAGUGUGUGUUGAGAAGGCGGGGACCCAAUCUCGCAUUCUCCCUCACACUGAGCCACGGCAGUCUCACUUUGUGGCAGCCACAUGAAUUGUGCUUCUGCCUGUUGCAAUUCCUGCGACUUGCCAGGGCUCUGCUGUCGCACAGGUCACCAAGGCCUGCCUGUCCUGUAUCACACACAGACAUAGCAUAUUUGUGUUGAAAAUUAAACCAGUGCAUAUCAUAUAUCUGGUUCUCAAAGAAAAUGUGUUCACAAAUUUGAGAUUUCCCUGUCUUUUCUCAAUAUUCACAGUUUAGAGAACAUCCUGCAGUGACCAGUUUAGAAUACCACAAUAACUGAAAUACUUUCGGCAAUUCCCAUUCUCAUGCUUAGCUCCUAGCAUGUCUGCUACAACCUCAGAACAUUCAUUUUCUUGGAAUGGGAAAGCAUAGCAGUUUGAGCAAUAAAUCUGAUGAUCCAUUAAAGGCACACUACUUUUAAAUGUAGUUCAAUUUUGUGCCAUCUGCUUUCAACCUGAUUUUGAUCUUAAGGCAAUAUUCUCCUCAUCAAAAAUAUUUUUCACCUGAUAGAAUUGCUGUGCUACAAAUCUUAUUACCAGUUAAUUUAUUCUGGGAGGGAACUGAGCAAUAUAUGAAUGUAACAUUAACAACACAUGGUUAAUUAAUUAUCUUACAACACAUUUUAUCCCAAGUUAUUAGACAGAUCUUGGCCACAGUUCAGUACACAACACAGGCUGUCAUUUCCGAGUGAGCCUUAGCGUGGGUUGGGGGGACGCAAAAUUGAUCAGGUCACCAUCUAAUAGCUUGGCUUUCUCUUGUUUUCUUCUUUUGACAUCUUACCGGAUGAGAGAGAAUAUUUAAACUAAUUUUAAAAAAAAUAUUUUUACAGUUGUGGUUUUACAACAUACAUAUUUUCUGUCAUUUAUAACAGUAAUUUUUUUUUCUUCAGAUUUUGAGAUUUGUAACCCAGAGAUUUCUGCAUAAAAUAUUUUCUGCUUCUUUGUAUCUUGUAUUAGUCACUAUGGGACUGAUUGAAAUGAUCUAUUAUCUAAAAACACUUGGUAACAUCAGCACACAAUACACAAUGAUUUUUAUACAGUAAACACUGACACACAGAGACGUCUUCACACUGUAAAGAUGAAUAAUGACUGUUACACGUUUCAAUGGGUUGACAAGAGUUCAACAAAUUUUAGAUUAAAUAGCUGAGCUGGAAUUUUUUUUUUCCAAUUUUGUUAUUAGGACUAAUAUACCUUUGUCAAUUAUUCAAAAUCCCUGGUAUAGUGAAUAAAUCCCUACAGUAACUGAGAGCCAUGUGUCUGUAACAGUUGGAAUAUGCGUCUUUUAGAGACCCAAAUAUCAGCCACAGGUAACCAUAAGUUGUGUAUACGAUUCCUCUCCUGCAUACCAUAUUAGGUCACAAUGCUCUUAUCAUUCUGGAUCCCCAACUUGGAAAUUAUGAAGUGUGAUGUAUAACUUGACUGAUGUUCCCAAACAUCCUGUUUCCGUGCGUAGCCACAGUACUGGAUAACUGGUCUCUCUUUGAAACCCUGAUUGUUACAAUUUAUAUAGUGCCAAUAUAUAUUGCAGUGCUGCAUUAUGGGUCAUCAGCCUUUGCCAACCAGAUAUUUGAGCAUACAUUCCUACUCCAUAGAUACAGGUGUCAGUGGCACUAACGUGAUCCCUAAGGGGUUCUAUUGUGUUGUAGUUGUGUAGUUGUGAUAUUGCUCAGCCUUGCAGCUGAGGAUUUCAGUUUGGCCAUUUGCAUGGGUCCUGUAUUAUCUCUGGCAACAAAAGAUAACAACACAGCUGUGCUGGCAUUCAUAAUCAUGAACAUCACAUAAAUCUGUCAAAUACAUCAGCAAAGCCAGGGGGCCUGUUUGUGUGACUGAUUAAGCUCUUGCAUAUGCACACUAUAACUAUAUUUUGUGUUAUCACUACUGUGGCACCUGCGCUGCCCAAACACCAUCGUUGAUAUCUCAAGCCCCAUUUUAGGCUGCAUCCCUGCUCAAUAAAUUGUUUUCAUCUUAGAAUUUGCCGUAGCAUCUCAAGUGAAAAUUGCCUGCAUAUCUUGCACUGAACACAAGAAAUGAAAAUCUAAAAUAAAACUCUAUAUGUAAGUCUUUGUUCACCUAGAGACAUCUUUAUGUUUCAUAUAAUUCUCCUUCUUUCUCUCUACAGAGUGAGAGAGGAGAUUUACCUGUAAAACAAACAUUAUAAUGAUUAUUUAAAGACGUUAUAAUAAGAUAUGUGACCCUUAACAUUGAUCUGCGUUACUCCUGUCUACAGAAAUGAGCAUAACUUGUACGUGCAGGUAUUAAGACAAUUUAGUUCUGCUUAAUUGUUAAUUCUAUAAUGGAUGUUUUAGGCCGAAAUGUAUUUAGGCUGGAAAUAAUACGUAAAAUGUUCAGUUCUCCUGUUAAUGGAACCCAAUUUUAGCCCUAUAGUUAAGACUUUACGUGUCUGUCUGGAGGAUGUUGUUAACACAAUCCACAACCCCAGGGGCACAUAGUGAUCAUAGACAAUAUUCUCACCUAGAAACUGGCAAGAUGACGAUAGUUGUAGUCCAGUGGACUAGUCAUCAAAUUUGACCACAUCAAUGGAAUGAUAAUAAGUUAACAAGAACACACUAUGCUAGUUGUGUAGCUGCAGAUAGCAUUGUUGGUUAAUACACCAACUAUACAAUGUGUUUCAACUUGAAGGGUUAAAAGUUUUUGUUUUUUUGUAUAACUUUUUAUUUCUUACCCAGGAGGGGUAACUGAGACUUUCAAUUGUUAGAAGUUUCUAAUGUCUUUUCAAUAGGAAGCAAACAUCUAAAUCUGUCAACAGGAUAAUGCAAUUUUAUUAUUAUUUAUUUUUGUUUAAUCUGUUUAAUUUUGAGUAGGAAUAUUGUCGCUUGUAUCCAGUGAGAAUCUCUCAGUUCACAUCCAGGCCUCCCUAGGCAUAAUAGCGGCAUAACGUUAUACCAUACUAAAAUCACAUACAAAUAGCAAAUAAGUACAAAGUAAAAAUAAUAAUAAAAGAAACAUGGUUUGAUUGUUAAUUAAUAAAUCAUGCUGAAACUGUGUGUAUAUAAUUAUGCACCUUGUUUCCAAAGGAGCAACGUCUAAAUUGUAAAUGUGUUCUUAAUCUUUUCUAUUUAACCUAAUUUUUGUAUUUUUUAACUUUCGGAAUCCACAGGAACUGUUUAAUAAUUAUUAUUAUAUAGGUGAUGCUUUGUUGCAUUGUAUAGCACUGCAUUGUAAUAUAUCAUUCUACAGGCAAAGAUGUAGGAUUGCCAAAGGAAUAGAAAUGGUCUUGCUACCAAUAAACACAUUUUUCAAAAAUAA